GGAUGAUGACUUGACUUCUGCUAACUAAAGCCGUGGAAGGCAGUGUGAAGUUAAACGAAUCAAACAAAAUAUAGAGUUUUAUAUACAAAGAGAAUAGAAGCGUCGUGAAAAGACUAGUCAUUAGUAUUUUAAAUAAUAAUUUUUUUUUUUGAAAAAAAAAAACCGUGUUGUGCUUUUUGAGUAAUCAUUAUUUUUUCUCCAAAACCCUGUGUGCAUUGUAAUACGCCCCAAUUUUUCGCGCAAUCGAAUUUUACCUACAAUCUUCUUUUCUCUCUCUCCUCCUAAUUCUUAAUUUCGAUCUGUGAGAUUUUUGUGGUGACAAUAUGAAUCGUCAGCAGCAGCAAAUUUCGCAGACCCAGCAGCAGAGUCAGAUGACUCAGCAGAGUCAGCAGACUCAGAUGAGCCAAAUGUCCCAGCAGAGGGUCCGCACCGAACAGCACGUUACCAGACAAGUCACCAGCCAUCAAACAGUGCACGGUGGACAGAUCCAGCAGACUGGAGGAGUUCAACAGCAGAUCACCGGGUUCGGACCGAAUGCGGCACCGCCCGUCUUCGAGAAGAUCUUCAGCAAUGCGCGCUUCGCGCAAGGUGGAAACGCGUGCUUCGAUGGACGCGUCACCGGAAAACCCCAGCCCACCGUGACCUGGACCCGCAAGGGAGCUCCGCUCGUCGAGUCCAACAAAUUCCGGUUGUCCUACAACAGCCAGACCGGAGAGAUCACCCUGCAGAUCAACCAGAUCGGACCAGGAGAUGAGGGAGAAUACGUCUGCACAGCUAGAAACCAAUACGGAGAAGCCAUCUGCUCCGUAUACAUCUCACCAGAAGGAAUGCAGAUGCCACCAAUGCAACAACAACAGGGUUUCCACAAGACCGUUCAGCAGUCGACAACAUCGUCGUCCUCCUACUCGAACGGUCACAUGGUCGAAGAGUUCAAGAUCGACACGUUCGAGUACAGAAUCUUGCGCGAGGUCUCCUACAGGGAGUCCAUAACGCGCCGCACAUCUAGCGAAAAGGACGUGCAAAUGUCGACGGUUGUCGAGAGAUCUUUAGGGCCACCAGCACCGCCGCAAAUCUCCCAGAAACCUCGCAACUCCAAGUUGCUUGAGGGCUCCGAUGCUGUGUUCUCCGCAAAGGUCUCCGCCAAUCCAAGGCCGCGCCUUUCCUGGUUCAAGAACGGCCAGAGAAUCACCGAAACUCAAAAGUACGAAACGACGUUCUCGAACAACCAAGCAACCCUUCGCGUGAAGCAGGCGCAAGCCCAAGAUUCCGGCCACUACACUCUGUUGGCCGAGAAUCCUCAAGGAUGCGUCGUGUCGUCUGCAUAUUUGGCCAUCGAACCGGUCACUACGCAGGAGGGUUUGAUCCACGAAUCCACCUUUAAGUCGCAACACGUCGAGGAAGUCGACCAAACCGAUUCAACGAAAACGCUCGCCCCGAAUUUCGUGCGCGUCUGCGGAGAUCGCGACGUGACCGAGGGUAAGAUGACCCGUUUCGACUGCAGGGUCACAGGUCGUCCGUAUCCCGAGGUGACCUGGUUCAUCAACGGUCGCCAGGUCACGGACGAUCACACCCACAAGAUCCUGGUGAACGAGUCCGGAAAUCAUGCACUCAUGAUCACCAAUGUCGGACGCAACGACUCUGGCGUCGUGACCUGCGUCGCCCGCAACAAGACAGGCGAAAUCUCCUUCCAAUGCAAUCUGAAUGUGAUCGAGAAGGAGCAGGUCGUCGCCCCAAAGUUCGUCGAACGCUUCACUACCGUCAACGUCAAGGAGGGAGAACCCGUGGUCCUUAACGCCCGGGCCGUGGGCACUCCCAUCCCCCGCAUCUCCUGGCAGAAGGACGGCGUUCCACUUGCGAACAGCCCCGAUGUUCGCAUCGCCAUCGACGGUGGAGCCUCCACUUUAGAUAUUCCGCGAGCCAAGGCGUCGGAUGCUGCAUGGUACCAAUGCACAGCGCAAAAUGUAGCCGGCUCCACCGCAACGAGGGCUCGUCUCUUCGUCGAAACACCACAAGGACCGACGCCCGAGCCCAGGCGCCUCCAUCUGCCAAGACCCACCAAAGUCAUCGAACCUGAACCCGCUCCAGGCCCUGAAGUUAUCUACCUUCGCCACGUCGAGCCUUCCCGUCCCUUCGCCCCGGCAUCUGAGGAGGACCGCGUUUACCCACCUCCUCAAUUCAUUAUUCCCUUGAGGGAUGCAAUUCAAGUGGAAGGUGGCAAGGUGCACUUCGAGGCACGCAUCGAACCCGUCGGCGAUCCCACCAUGCGCGUCGAAUGGUUCCUCAAUGGAAAACCUCUUGCUGCCAGUUCCCGUGCGACUUAUGUGUUCCGUUUCGGAUACAUCGCUUUGGAUCUGCUGAGCAUCAUCAUGCACGACAGUGGAGAAUACGUUUGCCGCGUGACCACUGCAACCGGCACCUGCGAAUCCCGUGCCACUCUCAGCAUUCAAUCUAAACAAGCAAUCGAACGCACCAGCCAACAUCCUGAUAGCUUACAGUACAUCCAGCAACUCGAGGAUUACUCCAGAUACCAGAGGCAGGACAGUCUCGAAGAAAAGUCCGCGCAAAAACCUCACUUCAUCCGUCCACUCCAAGAUUUAGGUGAUCUGCAGGAGGGCCGCAACGCCCACUUCGAAGCGCAGCUCACCCCUGUCAGUGAUCCAACUAUGAAAGUGGAGUGGUACAAAGAUGGCAGACCCAUUACAGCCAGCUCACGGAUUACGGCGAUCUUCAACUUCGGUUACGUCUCCCUAAACAUUAUGCACCUACGUGCCGAAGAUGCAGGAUCGUACACGGUCCGUGCCGUUAAUCAUCUCGGAGAAGCUAUCAGCACCUCAACCAUCCGCGUGCUCUCGCGUUCAACAGUCACCGGAGACCUGGGUAUUCCAGAACAGCAGAGGUACAUCGAAAAGGUCGAAGAACUCGAAGCCUACCAACAGCACCAGCACCAAAAGUACGUGCAGGAAACACCGGAAUGCAUGCAAGCGCCCGAAUUCAAAACGCCGAUCAAAGACCAGCAGGGCGUCCGCGAGGGCGGGUUCGCCCACUUCGAAGCCCGUUUGGAACCAGUCGGAGAUUCAACUCUCCGCGUUGAAUGGUUGAAAGACGGACGCCCCGUCGAAGCCAGCUCCAGAAUCACGAGCUUCUUCAACUUCGGUUACGUCGCCCUCACCAUCAAGGAUGUGACCGUACGCGAUGUAGGCAAUUACACUUGCCGCGCCUACAACGCCAUGGGCGAGGCUCACACCAAAGCCCAACUAAGUGUCAUCAGCAAGAAAGAUAUUCUCGUCGAUUCGCAGCAUCCAGGUGGUUUGGAGAAGAUCCAAUACCUGGAAGAUUCCAGCCGUUACCAGCGUAGCGACAAGGAAGAGAUUACCGUCACCCAGAAGCCCAGAUUCAUGGGUCCACUCAAGGGUACCAACAAGAUCGUCGACGGACAACGCGCCCACUUUGAAGCCAGAGUUGAACCGCAGAGCGAUCUCUCUAUGAAAAUCGAAUGGUACUUUAACGGAAAGCCCAUCCAAAGUGCUAACCGCAUUCAAACUUACCACGAUUUUGGAUACGUAUCCCUAGACAUCAUGAGCGUCCGCGAAGAAGACGCGGGCACUUACACCGUAGUCGCCAGAAACGCACUUGGCGAAGCCCAAUUGUCCGCCAGCAUGGUCGUUGAGACCCGCUCCAGCAUCGAUACCAGAAGCAUGCACCGUGGUGCCUAUGAAAAAACUCAACAUCUUGAAGAGUCCAAAUUUAUUGAACCUCAAUAUCAAAUCGAAGAGAUUUCAAAAUCCAAGCCCAUCUUCGUACAGCCAUUGUCCGACCCAAGACCGGUAACUGAAGGCCGCAACAUCCAUCUGGAGUGCCGUCUGGAACCGAUGGGAGACCCAACCAUGAGAGUUGAAUGGUUCUGCAACGGAAAGUCCAUCACCGUUGGUUCAAGAUUCAGAACCUACAACGAUUUCGGUUUCGUUGCUUUGGACAUUGUCCAAGCCAACGCUUCCGAUUCCGGAGAGUACACUGUAAGAGCCACCAACCACUUGGGCUCUGCUCACACCUCCGCCUGUGUCCGCGUCGUCGGUAGAUCCGACAUCAUCACUGAAACCCAGCACGAACAAUCUUUGGAGCAGAUCCAAAUGCUCGAAGACCGCAGCCGUAAGCAGGUCACCGAAGAGGUCACCGUCUUCCAAGCACCGCAAUUCACCAGACCAUUGCAUAAUAUCGAGACUGUCGAAGGUACCAACGUUCAUAUGGAAUGCAGAUUGCAACCAGUAGGAGACCCAACGAUGAAGGUCGAUUGGUUCUGCAACGGACGUCCUAUUAAGGUUGGACAUAGAUUCCGUCCAGCCUACGACUUCGAUUACGUCGCUUUGGAUUUGUUGAGCGUUUACCCAGUAGACUCUGGCGUAUACACUUGCCAAGCCAGAAACCAACUCGGCGAAGCUGUUACUUCUUGCUCCGUCAAAGUAAUCGCCAAGAAGGAUCUGAUGUUGGAAUCUCAACAUCCAUCCGGAUUGGAGAAGAUUCAAUAUCUGGAAGAUUCGUCCCGCUACAAGCGCACGGAAUAUAUGGACGAAAUUAUCAACAUCAAGCCGAAAUUCAUCACCAAACCGAAGAGCGUCGAUGGAAUGCUCGAAGGACAGCAUUGCCACUUUGAAUGCAAGAUCGAGCCAGUCACCGAUUCCAACUUGAAGGUUGAAUGGUUCAAGAACGGUCGUCCAAUCACCAUCGGACAUAGGUUCCGUCCCAUCCACGAUUUCGGUUACGUUGCCCUCGACAUCGUCGAUUUAAUCGCCGAAGAUUCUGGCACCUAUACCUGCCGCGCCGUCAACUUGGUAGGAGUUGACGAGACUUCUUGCACACUCUCGUGCCGCGGUACCAAGCAAAUCGUUACGCAAACCCAGAACCAACAAGGUUUGCAACAGAUCCAACACCUGGAGGAUCGCUCCAGAUACCAGCGCUCCGAACAAAUUGAGGAGACGACAACUCAGGCCCCAACUUUCACCACCUCUUUGAAGAAUGUUGAAAUCAAGGAAGGACAAAGGGCUCACUUUGAAUGUCGUCUGAUUCCGGUGUCCGAUGCGACCAUGAAGGUCGAAUGGUUCCACAACAAUCAACCGGUUAAAUCCGGCUCCAGGUUCUCUGAAACCAACAAUUUCGGUUUUGUCGCCCUGGACAUCCUCUACUGUUACCCAGAGGAUUCCGGAACUUACACCUGCAGAGCCAUCAACGCUGUCGGCGAAGCCAUGACUUCGGCCGUAUGCGUAGUUCAAUCGAAGAAAUCUAUUUACUCGGAGACAGUGCACGAAGGAGCAUUGGAGCGUCUCAGACAAUUAGACGAUUCCACCAGAUACAGCAAGAGCAGCGUGCAAGAAGAAACCAUCACCCAAGCUCCGGUCUUUACUUUGCCCAUCAAAGAUCUGCGUGUAGCUGAAAACCAAGCCGCACACUUCGAGGCUAGAUUGAUCCCAGUCGGUGACACCAAUCUCAGGGUGGAAUGGCUCAGGAAUGGAGUUCAAAUCCAAGCUUCCAACCGCAUCUCCACGAUGCACGACUUCGGUUAUGUCGCUCUGAACAUGAAGUACGUUAACCCAGAGGAUUCCGGCACCUACACUUGCAGGGCUAUCAAUGAAUUGGGUGAAGCCGUAACAACUGCCACCAUGGUUGUACAAUCUAAGGCUUCCUUGGAUAUGGAAACUCAACACGAAGGUGCCUUGCAAAAGCUCAGGCAACUCGAGGAUUCCUCCAAAUACCAACGCAGAGAGGAGGAGGAGAUUGCCGUAACUCAAGCGCCAAGAUUCACUACCCAAUUGAAUGGCCCCACCGAACUCAUCGAAGGUCAAAGCGCACACUAUGAGUGCCGCAUCGAGCCAUACCCAGACUCCAACCUGAAGGUCGAAUGGUUCCACAACGGAAAACCAUUGACCACUGGACAUCGUUUCCGUACAGCCUAUGAUUUCGGUUUCGCCAGUUUGGACGUUCUCAGUGUUUACGCCGAAGAUUCCGGCGAAUACACGUGCAGAGCUACCAAUCGCUUGGGACAUGCCGUUUCUUCGGUCGUCACUACCGUCAAAUCCAAAUCAUCCAUCAUUCGUGAAACUCAGCACGAAGGAGCAUUGCAGAAGAUCCAAUACUUGGAAGAUGAUUCUCGCUACAAGAAGACGAGCCAAGAAGAUGCUAUCACCUUAGAGAAGCCCCAAUUCGGUAGAGGAUUGAAGAACAUUGAGCGUUUGGCCGAAGGCCGCAGCGCUCAUCUGGAAGCCACUUUGACUCCAGUUAACGAUCCAACCAUGAAGGUGGAAUGGUUCUGCAAUGGAAGACCAAUCCAAACAGGCCAUCGUUUCAAGACAACCUAUGACUUUGGAUACGUCGCUCUUGAUAUCCUCUACGCUUACGCUGAAGAUUCCGGCACCUACAUGUGUAGAGCCAGAAACGCCGCCGGAGAAGCUGUUACCACUUCUUCGGUUUCCGUUGUCGCCAAGUCCGGUUUAGAAUUGGAUACCAUGGACGAACAGCGUUUAAAGAAGAUCAGGGAUUUGGAGAACUACGAAAGGCCGAGACGCGAGGAAGUCGAACCUCAGGCUCAAAGACCAGUCUUCCUGACUCCACUUGUCAGCUUGGAGAAUUUGAAGGAAGGAGAGCACGCUCACUUAGAAUGCCGCGUCGAGCCAAUCAACGACGCCAACUUGAAGAUCGAAUGGUUCGUGAACGGUGUUAAAUUGAAGACCGGUCACAGAUUCAGGACCACCCAUGACUUUGGCUACGUCGCCCUUGAUAUCCUCUACGCCUAUCCGGAGGAUAGCGGCACCUACAUGUGCAAAGCAACCAACUUGGUCGGUGAAGCUGUCAAUACUUGCACCAUUCGCGUCGGAGGACGCAGAAGCAUCCUGCUCGAUACCCACCAUCCGGAGGGUUUGGAGAAGAUCAGGGAACUCGAGGCUCAAGGCCAUCCAGCCCGUUUGGAAGUCGAAGAACCGGUACCGUUCCCACCCAGAUUCGUCACAGAAUUGCGUGGAACGACCGAAUUGUACGAGGGUCAAACCGCUCACUUUGAAGCGCAAAUCGAACCCAUCCACGAUCCAAAUCUGCGCAUUGAGUUCUACCACAAUGGAAAGCCACUUCCAAGUGCCGCUCGCUUCCAUAUCACCUUCGACUUUGGCUACGUGGCUCUUGAUAUCGGCCACGUCGUCCCCGAAGAUGCUGGAGAAUACUCCGUCAAGGCCAUCAACAACCUUGGCCAGUGCACGUCUUCACUCAACUUCCGCGUCAUUGCUAAGAGCAACAUUAUCCUGGAUUCGCAACGUCCAGAGGGAUUGGACAAAAUCCGUCAAUUGGAGGAACAAACUCCACACAAGAGACCAGAAGUGGACGAACCAGCUACAAGACAACGUCCCGUUUUCACUCAACCAUUGCAGAACAUCGAUUACAUCCAAGAAGCCCAAACGGCUCACUUCGAAUGCCGCCUGAUUCCAGUCGGCGAUCCAACCCUGAAGGUAGAAUGGUUCCGCAACGAGAAACCAUUGGAAGACAGCUCAAGAAUCACCAAAAUGCACGACUUCGGUUACGUAUCCCUCGACAUCUCGCACGUACGCGACGAAGAUGAGGGCGUUUACAUGUGCAGAGCGUCCAAUCCUCUUGGAGAAGCUGUCACGACUGCCUCUAUGAAAAUUAGAACCAAAGCCAGCAUCCAAUUGGAUACUCAACAUCCUGAAGGUAUGCGCAAGAUUCAGCAAUUGGAGCAGCCGCACGCCCGCCGUCCCGAUGAACCCGAAAGGGCCUUCGAGAAGCCAAUCUUCACCCAACUGCUCACAGGUCCAUCCGAGCUGUGGGAAGGCCAACAUGCCCACUUUGAGGCUAGGGUUGUACCAGUUGGAGAUCCCAACAUGCGUUUCGAAUGGUACGUGAACGGCGUCGAGCUUAAAUUGGGCUCCAGAUUCCGCGUUACGCACGACUUUGGUUUCGUCACACUCGACAUCAUGUCUACCAUCCGCGAGGAUUCCGGAGUUUACAUGUGCAAGGCAAUCAAUAAGUCCGGAGAAGCCGUCUCCUCGAUCUCGAUGAAGGUGAAGCAGCGUUCCAACAUCGCCGGCGAACCUUUGCAACCUGACGCGUGGCAGAAGAUCCAACUGAAGGAAGCCGAGAUGAACAAAGUGCCGGAGAUGUUCGUGGACACCCAUCCACAGCAAGCACCAGUAUUUACCACUCAUCUUCAGAGCUUCGAUAAGUUAACCGAAGGUCAACACGUCUACUUGGAAGCUCAAGUCGAACCAAGGGCUGACCCCAACUUGAGGGUUGAAUGGUUCAAGAACGGUAUCACCUUGACAACCGGUACCAGAUUGCGUAGCACUUUCGACUUUGGCUUAGUGACCCUUUCCAUCAACGGUUUGAGGGCCGACGAUUCUGCUAUUUACACCUGCAAAGCAACCAAUCUAAUCGGCGAAGCCGUCUCAACGUGCACGUUGAAGAUUGAAGACAAGCACUGGUUGCUUGGACAAUCCUUGCAUCCGGAAGCUAUUCCAAAACUGGAAGCACUCGAAGUUCCUAAAGAAGGAACCGCCGACCGUCCAGAACCGACCUAUGAAACACCAAUCUUUAUCACCCACUUGAACAACGUCGAGUGCACUGAAAGCGAAAAUGUUCACUUCGAAUGCCACGUCGAACCAUCGAAAGAUCCGACCAUGAAGAUCGAAUGGUACGUUAACGGCAAACCAUUACCAAGUGGAGCCAGAUAUAAGUCCACCUACGACUUUGGCUACGUUGCUCUGGACAUCAAUCAUUCUUAUGAAGAGGAUUCCGGCGUUUACACUUGCAAGGCCAUCAACAGCAAGGGUUCAGCCACUACAUCCGGAACUCUGCGCUGCACAAGCAAGGAGAACAUCUACAGAAACACCCAGCAUCCUCAAGGCAAGGCCGGUUUGGACAAGGUGCAAGAAGUCGAGGACGCUGUUGCCGGUAAGCUGCAACGUCAAGCGUCAGGACCAGAGAAGGAAUUCGCCAAACCAGUUUGGACCAUUCCACUUAACGCUGAAUUCAAAAUAAGCGAAGGAAAACCGUUACACCUUGAAGCCACCGUCGAGCCAAAGGAGGAUCCCAACCUGAAGAUCGAGUGGUUCUUCAAUGGAAAAUCGCUGGAUCAUGCAUCCAGAUUCAAGCUGACCAGCGACUUUGGCUUCGUCACUCUGGACUUAACCGACGUUUACGAACGCGAUCAAGGCAUUUACACCUGCAAGGCAUGGAACAAAUCUGGCGAGGCUUUCACCUCGACCACGAUUUACUGCACAACAAAGGCCGGUUUGAUCGAGCGCACCCAACAUCCUAAAGGACAAGAAGGUUUAGAAAAGAUCCAAGACUUGGAAGAUGCCCUCAACAGACCAGAGGGAAGACUCCCAGAGUCCGACGAAGGUCACGCUCCUAUUUUCACAUCGGAAUUCACCGAACUCACCAAUCUCAGUGAAGGAGAAAUCGCUCAUUUCGAAGCCGGACUUACACCGAUCGGCGAUCAAACCAUGAAAGUCGAAUGGUUCUACAACAGCAAGACCAUCGAUGCCAGUCACAGGUUCAGGACCGUCCACGCUUUCGGCAUGGUCGUUCUUGAGGUUCUUGGUACCAAGAUUGAGGAUUCCGGCACUUACACUUGCAUUGCUACAAAUGCAUGGGGUAAGGCCGAACAAAGCGUUAAGCUUGAAUGCGUCGACAAGUCAAAGGGACAACCACCCAAAUUCACCACUCAAAUCAAGGAUAUCGUUGGACUCAAGGACGGACAACCAGCUCACUUCGAGUGCAAUCUCAUCCCAGUCAACGAUCCAAAACUCAAAGUCGAAUGGUUCCACAAUGGACAACCGCUUUUGCAAUCUUCCAGGAUCAAGACCGUCUCCGACUUUGGCUUUGUCGUUAUGGAUAUUUCCUACACCGAAAAUCACGAUUCAGGUGAAUACGUCUGCAAAGCCAGCAAUUUGUACGGCGAAGAUUACACCAAGGCUUCGAUCAAUGCCUACGGAAGAAGCGGAGUGUUUACCGAGAGUUUGCAACCCGAUUCUUUGGCGAAGAUCCGAGAACUCGAAAGCUAUCAAGGACAACAAUCCCAAGUUUCUGCUACUGUUGUUACUGAGCCACCAAAGUUUAUCACACAGAUCGUUGAUGUGACCAAAUUGGUUGAGGGACAAAGCGCUCACUUUGAAGCUCGCUUAACACCAGUUACCGACCCAGAUCUUGUAGUCGAAUGGUACUACAACGGCAAGAAACUGCCGCACGGACACAGGUAUCGCACGUUCCACGAUUUCGGAAUUGUCAUCCUGGAUAUUCUCUACUGUUACGAAGAGAAUUCCGGCUUGUACGAGUGCAGGGCUUACAACAAAUAUGGAGAGGAUUCCACCAAAGCAACGCUGAAGUGCGUGUCGAAGGCUAAUCUAAUCUUGGACUCGCAACUACCGCGGGGCAUGGAAGGCGGUUUGGAGAAAAUCCAAACAUUGGAAGAUUCGAUGGUCCGCAUCAGAGACGAGAAGGUAACUGAGGAGCGCGGAAAGGCUCCCGUCUUCACCGUUCCUUUGUCCAACAUCGACAAUCUCCGCGAAGGAGAGAACGCCCAUUAUGAGGCACGCCUUACACCCACCGACGAUCCCAAACUGAAGGUGGAAUGGUUCUGGAACGGAAAACCUCUGAGGACCGGUUCAAGGUUCCGCACUUUCUGCGACUUUGGUUUUGUCAUCUUGGAAAUCUCUCCAGUAUACCCAGAAGAUUCCGGCGAGUACUCGUGCAGAGCAUUCAACGAAUACGGCGAAGCCGUCACCACAGCCUCGAUGAAGGUUCAAGGCAAGAGGAGCAUCAUCCUCGAAUCCCAAUUGCCGAAGGGCAUGGAAGGUACCAUCGAUAAAAUCGCCGAACUCGAAGGUUUGGGUGUGGCCCCAAGCCAGAUGACACCUGAUGAUGAUACCGGCAAACCACCUGAAUUCAUCACAACUCCAUCAGAUUUGACUUUGUCAGAGAACUCUUUGGCCCACUUCGAGUGCAGGUUGACCCCUGUAAACGAUGCUAGUAUGAGAGUGGAAUGGUUCCACAAUGGUAAAGCUCUUUGGGCCGGCUCCAGGAUCAAGACUAUCAACGACUUCGGUUUCGUCAUCCUCGAAGUCGCCGGAGUCUACCAAAGAGACUCCGGUUUGUAUACUUGCAAGGCGACCAAUAGGCACGGUGAAGCCACCGUUUCGUGCAAGUUGCAAGUACGCGGAAGACAAGGAAUCAUCAUGGAACCUCAACUUCCAUCAAACUUCCGCUCUGGCACCGAGAGCAUCCAAAAAUUGGAGGAGCAACUUUACAAGCGCGACGAGAUCAUGAGCGAAGAAGAGAAACCAGAUCCACCCAGGUUCACCGUCGACAUCAAGGAUAACGUUGAUGUUAUGGAAGGUGGUCCAAUCCACUUCGAUUGCCGCGUCGAGCCAGUCAAUGAUCCAACGAUGAGAAUCGAUUGGUUCCAUAACGGCCGACCAUUCGCCACCGGCUCUCGCGUUCACCAAUUGAACGACUUCGGUUUCAUCGCCAUGGACAUCGAUUAUUCUUAUAAUCGUGACGCUGGUGAGUACAUCUGCAGAGCCUCUAAUAAGUGGGGAUCCGCCACCACCAAGGCCACCGUAACAACUAAAUCCAAGCGCAACAUCGAUUUCGAAUCGCAACUUCCGUCCGGCAUGAGCGCCGAGAAGUUGAAGGAAUUGGAACGCGGUCCAGUCUCCGAAGCACCAAAAGAGGAUGCUCCGAUGGGACCACCCAAGUUCAUCACUCACAUCGAAUCUGCAACCGUCGAUGAAUCGGAGACUGUACGCUUCGAAUGUCGCGUCGAACCCAAGGAAGACCCCAGACUCAAGAUCGAAUGGUACAGGAACGGCAAAUUGCUGCCUUCUGGUCAUCGUUACAGGACUGUCUACGACAUGGGCUUCGUUUCUUUGGACAUCCUUUGCGUCUACUCAGAGGAUUCCGGUGAAUACGUCUGUCGCGCUUACAACGAUUAUGGCGAAGACUUCACCAAGGCCAACAUUUCGUGCAAGAAACUCCCCAACAUCAUAUUGCAAAACCAAGUGCCAAAGGGCAUGAAGAAAUCCGAAACUUUGAUGCAGAUGGAAGCGGCCAUCAAGAAGUACACUUCUGAAAUCCAUUUGACCGAGGAUGAUCUGUACGACGUCGACAAGAAACAACCUCCGAGGUUCGUCACCCAAAUCUUGGAUCAGACGAGCUUGGUUGAAAUGCAGACAAGCAAAUUCGAGUGCCAACUCGCACCUGUUGGCGAUCCAAAUAUGAAGGUCGAAUGGUUCUUCAAUGGAAAACCGUUGCCACAUAAAAAUCGAUUCACUCCCAUCUACGACUUCGGUUAUGUGGCAAUGAACUUUGGAUGGGUUUACCCAGAGGACAGCGGAGAAUACCUCUGCAGGGCUACUAAUUUGUAUGGCAUGGAUGAAACUAGGGCUAUCAUAAAGACUGCUGGAAAACCGGGCAUCAUCUACGAUUCGCAGUUACCAAAGGGCAUGAAGAGUAUUGAGAAAAUCAGAGAGAUGGAAGCUGCUUGGCAGAUUGCUCCCGAAGAAGCAGAGGAGGAAUCUAAACCAAAAUCAGCGCCGAUAUUCGUAUCGAAACCAGAACCUUGCAUCGUCGAGGAGGGAGAAUGGGCUAGGUUCUGCUGCCGCGUUACGGGUCAUCCAAGACCAAGGGUUAUGUGGUUGGUAAACGGACAUACCGUGGUCAACGGCUCCAGAUAUCGUCUGACCUAUGACGGUAUGUACCACAUGGACAUCCCGAAGACCCGCCAAUACGACACCGGCAAAGUGGAGGUCAUCGCCAGGAGCUCCGUGGGAGAGGCCAUUGCCGAAACCGAACUUAAAGUAAUACCAAGACACGACGACUACCGCGGCGUCCUCAAGAAUUCUCCAAGACCGUGGUACGAUUUAGAGUUGUCGAGUUACCAGAAAGAGCGUCAAGAAACCGAACUCGAGAAAUUUUUCGAUGAACGAAAUGAAUCCCUCAAGGAAAGUGGCCACUCGUUGAGCGGCAUCAACGUGCAACCUAAAGUGUUCAAGGGCUCAGAGACCGAGUGGCAGCAGCUGGCCAAAUCCAAGAAGGGCGAAGAGUACUACAACAAGCUGCAGGAGCUCGAGAACGAGCAACUGACUAAAGAGAUCAAGCUCAGGGAAACGAGCCACCAGUUUGCCAUUCCCGGCGAGAAGGUGGUCAACAGCAGCGUGGCAAGAGGGAUGGCACAGAAAUAUCAAGAAAACUUGGAACAACAACCGGAAGACAGAGUUUUGGGUCCAAUCCCUCAUUUACCGAGGGGGCAAAUGACCGAGGAACAAGAGCAAGUCCAUCUAAGGAAGACGCAAAAGGGAAAGCAGCAGCACCAGACCAUCCACGAGGUGGACUCCAAGUCGGGAGCGUAUCCACCUGAUCCAACUGAAUCCGGCGUGCAUGGCCGCGAGAUCCACGUUACCAAGCAGAAGCAAACUCAGAAGGAAACCAAGGGCGACCUUGAAAUCACCCGCAACAUCACUUCCACCGAAACCACAGAUGUCGAGCACAAAGCUAAGACGCAGGAACGUCUGGUGCAAGGCCAAGUCUUGCCUGCCAAUCCACCAUUCUUCACUAAGAAGAUUCAACCGUGCAGAGCGUUUGAGAAUGAUUCCGCCAAAUUCGAGGUGGAAUUCGACGGCGAUCCAUUGCCAAAGGUCACCUGGUACAGGGAAGACUUCCCGAUCACCAGCUCUCCGGAUCUCAAAGUCUACACCUUCAGCACCAAAUCCAUCUUGCAGAUGCGCCAGGUCUUCAUGGAAGACUCGGGCGUGUUCAGCGUCGUCGCCGAGAACCGCGGAGGAACUGCUAAAUGCAGCGCCAAUUUGGUUGUGCAAGAGAGGAGGAGGACAGGAAGAGGAGGUGUCGUCCCACCGAGUUUCGUGAGCACCGCUCAAAGUGCUACAGCUACCACCGGACAAUUGGUUCGUUUCGAUGCGAGAAUCAACGGCACAAAACCCAUAGACGUUUACUGGCUAAAGAACGGAAAGAAAAUCGUACCGGACAUCCGCUACAAGACACUCGAAGAGGACGAAGUCUACACUCUGUUGAUCAUCGAGGUCGUUCCCGAAGAUUCCGGUAAAUACGAGUGUGUGGCCAUCAACAACGCCGGAGAAGCCCGCUGCGAAGCUGAAUGCGUCGUGCAAGCACCGGCGACUCCAGCCAAACCAGCGAAACCGACGACUCCAGGUGCCGAAAAAGCCCCAUCCGUCAUCGAACCAUUGAAGGAUCAAACCAUUCGCGAAGGACAAUCCGUUGCAUUCAAAUGCAAGAUCAGCGGCAAACCGACUGCCCAAAUCAAAUGGCAGAAGGGUGAUAAAGUCAUCAAACCGUCGAAGUACUUCCAAAUGGUCAAGGACGGUGAUGUCUGCACUUUGAAGAUCAGCGAAGCUUUCCCUGAAGACGAAGGAGUCUACAAAUGCGUCGCCACGAAUCCCGCUGGCACCGUAACAUCCCAGGCCAACCUAAGAGUUUUAGCCCCCGACAGCCAAGACGUACUUCCAUCACUGACCAAAAUGAAGGACGUGACAGUCCCGGAAGGAAGCCCGGCUCAAUUCAAGACCACCGUUUCCGGAAAACCCAAGCCCACCAUUCAAUGGUUGCGCGAAGGAUUUUUGAUCCCAGAAUCACCAGAUUUUCAGAUGAUUCACGAAGGAAACAACGCCGUGCUUCUGAUUUCGAGCACCUACGAAGAAGACACCGGAACCUUCACGUGCCGCGCCACGACAUCCGCCGGACAAGUCGAGCAGUCCGCUAAAUUGAUCGUUAAAAAGCGCACCGGAAAGGUUUACAGGAAAGCGGUCGUCACUCACGACAUGACCAAUGGCCAACAAUUAAUUACCAAACCGAGCGAAAGCCAACCCAUCGAUGGAAUCGAGUUACCAAUGGGUGACGAGACUCUGCCGUGGCGACGAACCGGCAUCAAAACCUUGGCCACCCAGCAAAUAGAAAAGGUCUUGGAGAAGACCACCCAGAUACCCUGGACCGAUCAAAAGGUUACCUUGAAGAAGACCGAUAGGCAAUUCAAAGAGGUUCAAAAAGAAACCGUCGAAGCGGUGCAACUGAAACCGAGCAAAAUACAGAAGCACGAUGUCGAAUCUACCAGUUUGGAGCAAGUCGAUCUCAAGCAUUGGCAAACCAAGAAACAGACCCAAGAAAUUCUGCAGAAGCAAACGCUUAGUUCGCAAGAAGACACGACCCUCUUGGAUGUCAAGGAGCGCACAGCCACCAAAGCGCAAACAGCCACAAAGGAUACAAUUUCAUCGCAAGAAGAUACAACUCUAAUGCAAAUCGAAGAAACGGAGGAGACCACCAAAGGCUGGAGAAAGCCAAAGAAACAAACUGUAUCUACUCAAGAAGACAUUACUGUUCUUAAGGUCGACGAAAAACAAGACGUAACUGAAACAAGAGGUUGGAGGAUACCUAAGAAAGAAACAACGCACGAAGAUACGACCAUCCUUCAAGUUGAAGAGCAAGAAGAGACAACGGAAAUGCGAGGUUGGAGGAAACCAAGGAAACCGGAAGACGAAAAUAAACCUAAAGAAGAAAUUAAACCCAAAGAGGAACCAAUCCCAUGGAACAAGCAAGAAAUUAAAUUAAGGAAAUCCUCAAUUUCCCGACACGAAAUCGUUAAAGAGAAACCCGAAGAGGUGCAACUGAAACCGACUCGCCGAGAAUCUAAGACCAUCGAGAAGGAAACUUUGGAGACUGUUCAACUGAAAUCAUUCAAGAAGCAAACCGUCGAUGAACAAACGACUCUAUCCCAAAAGGGAACUGUAUCAUCCGUCGAAGACUCAACCUUACUCCAAACUCAAGAAACUAUUAAAGAGCAAAUCAAAACUCAACGUAAACCAGAACAAUCUACGAUUUCUCAGGUCGAAGAUACCACAUUAUUGCAGGUCGACGAGCGCGAAGAUACGGAAACUUUACAGAAACCAGAGGAAACUAAAGACUGGCGUAAACCAAAGACUCCUGAAGAGCAGAAACUUAAAGGUGUAAUUGCACCGAAAGAAGAACCUGUGCCAUGGAACAAGCAACAGAUCCAAUUGAAGCCAACACAAAAAAUAACAAAACCUUUGGAAAAGGAGACUAUCGAAGAGGUGGACUUGAAACCUGUUAAAAGGCAACAAGUGCCCACCGAAGAAAUAGUCGAAUAUCAGCUAACUCAAGUUGAGCUUAAGAAGCCAGAAGUUGAGGAACCCAGCAAACCGGAAAGUAUGACCAAAGAAUCCAAGGAAACCAAACAAAAGAUCGUUAAAGAGAAACUAACCGUAUCUGAAAUCGAAGAUACCACUAUAAUGCAGGUCGAUGAACGUGAGGUUGCAGAAGCUUCAAAGAAAUCGGCAGAAACCAAAGAUUGGCGUAAACCAAAGACACCCAAAGAACAGGAGGAGCAAAGGCUCAAAGGUGUUAUAGCGCCUAAAGAGGAACCUGUGCCAUGGAACAAACAACAGAUUCAACUAAAGCCUGCACAGAAAAUCACGAAAACUGUUGAAAAGGAAACUUUGGAGGAAGUCGACUUGAAACCCGUUAAGAAACAACCAACAGCAACGGAAGAAAAGGUUGAAUACGAAUCUUCAGAAAUUCAACUCAAAAAACCCGAAGUUGAAGAACCUACUAAACCGGAACAGAUGACAGAAACCAAGCGUAAAGUGACUAAAGAAAAAGUUACUAUGCAGUCCCAGGACGAUUCCAAUAUUUUGAAAAUUAAGGAAACCGAAAUUGUAGAAGAAACAACGAAGCGUGGAGCUAAAUCUAGUAAACAGUUAAUCGAAGAUAGCACAAUUCUGAAACAGCAGGAAGUUAUCACUGAAACCAAAGAGGAAACAAAAUCUUGGAGGAAACCUAAACAGCCGACGCAAGAAGACCAAACAAUCGUGGUCCAAGAAGAAACUGUUGUGGAAGAAGUUGAAGAGAAGAGAAAACCUAAGCAACCCAAACAGAUUAAGCCAGAAAAACCAGAAGAAAUUCCAUGGAACAAACAGCCUAUCCAACUGAAACCGAGCCACAAACAAAAGACUGAAGUUGCCAAAGAAACUUUGGAAGAAGUUACUUUGAAACCAGUGAAGAAACAGGUGACAGUUACCGAAGAACAAGUCCAAUACGAACAGACUAAAUUGGUACCGACUGAGACGGAAGUGGUUGAAGUUGCCAAGGUCGGCAAAACGGUCAUUACCGAAGAAACCAUGGUUCAAGAAGAAACUAAAUCUUGGAGAAAACCAAAGCAACCCAAAGAAGAGAACGUUGUUGAGGAAAGUAUUGUCGAAAUGAAGGAAGUUGUGGUUGAAGAAGAAAAGAAACGUAAACCAAGACCGAUCCCAGAAAAGGUCGAAGAAGUACCGUGGAAUAAACAAGCGAUACAAUUGAAACCAUCUCAUACCAAGAAAACGGAAGUUCCCAAAGAAACUUUAGAAGAGGUUACAUUGAAACCAUUUAGGAAACCGUCGACGACCACCGAAGAAGUAGUGGAGUAUCAAGAAAGUGCAUUUAAACCAGAAAAAUCUAACGUCGAGGAACCAAGCAAGCCAGAAAAGGUAACUGUGACCGAAGAAUUUGUUGAAACAAAGAGCUGGAGAAAAUCGAAGAAAGAAAAGAAGGAAGAGAAAAUUGUAGAUGGACAACAAAUCAAGGAAGAAGUUGUUGUUGAAGCAGAAGAGGAGGUUAAAGCUUGGCGUAAACCAAAGCAACCGAAGCCAACAGAAGAAUUGGUUACAUACGAAGAUACUAAACCACAAUUAAAGAAACCUGAAUCAGAAGAACCCACCAAACCCGACAAGCAGGUAAUUACCGAAGACAAACCCAAGGUAAUAGAACAAAAACAGGUAGAGGAUAAGAACAUUGUGGUGGAAGAAGUUAAGGAGGUUGUCGAGGAAGAGACAAAGGCAUGGAGAAAACCGAAACAACCUAAACCAAAGGAAGAAAAGCCUGAAGAAAUUCCAUGGAAUAAGCAACCGUUCCAAUUGAAACCGUCGCGUACUCAGAAGACCGAAGUCGCUAAAGAAACUUUGGAAGAAGUUGACUUGAAACCGGUGAAAAAACAAGUUACGCAAGAAACUGUAAAAUAUACAGACAUCACUGAUAAACUGGAAAAAACCGAAGUACAUGAAACUACCAGGACCGAAACUGCAGAGUUCACAACUGCUCGCAAAGAAGAUAAGGUUGUUAUUGAGGAAGAGAGGGUAGAAUCCAAAUCCUGGAGAAAAUCCAAGAAACCAAAACCAGAGGAAAAAGUGGAUGAAAUAGUCGUCGAAGAAACGAAAACUUUGAUUAAACCUGAGAAAGUUGAGGAAAAGGAAGUUGUUGAAGAAAUUGUUGAAGAAGAAACUAGAGGUUGGAGAAAACCGAAGAAACCAAUGGAAGAAGAAGAAAAGAAAAUUGUAGAAGAUAAAACUAUCGUGGAAGAGGAAACAAAAUCUUGGAGGAAACCAAAGAAACCGAAUCAACCGGAAGAGAAGGUAGAAGAAGUUCCAUGGACCAAAGAAGCAAUUAAAUUGAAACCGUCGCGUACUCAAAAGUCGGAAGUUUCGCAGGUGACAUUGGAAGAAGUCGGCUUGAAACCAAUCGAGAAACAACCAACUACCAAGGAAGAAGUUGUCGAAUACAAAGCCGCCGAAUAUAAGUUAAAGAAACCAGAAGUUCAAGAACCAACGAUUCCAGAGCAUGCUAAAACUAUUGAUAAAACCGUCGUCGUUGAAGAGACAGUUACGGAAGUGGAAGAUACUGUCGUAUUGAAACUCGACGAAAAGAAACCUGAAGAAUUGAAACCUGCGGAAAAGAAACCUGUGGAAGAAAAACCGACGUCAGUUGAACCGAAGGAAUUGAAACCUAAGGAAAAGAAGGUUCCCAAGCAGACAGUAAUCGAAGAGAAAUUCGAGGAUGUUAAAUUAAAACCAACGAGACGUCCACAGAAACCAGCUGAAGAAGCUGAGCAGGAAACUGUUAGCUUGAAGCCGAUUCCGAAACCGAUUCAAAUAGAGGAAGAAGCUCCAAUCGAGAAAACAAAGAAGCCUAAAGAUAAGAAACCCGAGGAGGUUAAGUUGCCGGAGGAAGAUAAAUAUGUUCCCGAAGAAAUGCCAGUAUUUGAACCUGAAGUGAAAGAAGAGAAACCCAAGGAGGAAAUUCCGCAGCAACCGUGGCGUAGAGAACGUAAACCGAAGCCUGAAGCACUGAUCGAAGAACCUAAAAAGUUGAUUAUCGGAAAGGGAAAAAUACCGAAAGAAGAGGAAGUCAUUGAGGAGGUCAAGCUUAAACCGAUUCCGAAACCGAAGAAGGAGGAAGAAGAAAAACCAGCGGAGAAAACGAAGAUUCAAAGAAAACCAUUCGAACCAAAAGAAUUCGAACGCGAAACUGUAACAUUGAAACCGUUCCAAAAGGAGAAACCGGAAGAAAUCAAAGAAGUGGAAAUACCGAAAGAAGUUCCCAAAAAGGAGAUUCCUGAACCCGAAAUGAAGGUGGAGGAAGAACCAAAGACUCCAUGGAGAAGACAACCGAAAGAAAAGAAGGUCGAAGAAGUGGAAGAGAAGCAAUGGCCGAGAGGUAAAAGGAGACCAAAAUCUCCGGAGCAAAAGGAAGAGAUAAAACUGAAACCUAUUCCGAAACCAGUGAAGGAAAAGGAAGAAAAAGAAGAAGAGAAACCGUUCAAGGCACCAAUCGAUAAGGUACCAGAAGGUGAAGGUAAACCAGUGGAUGAGAUCAAAUUUAAGCCGGAAGAGGGAAGACCUUGGAGAAAGCCCAGAGAUAAAUUGGAGCCGAAGAUGUUGGAGGAUACUGUCGUUAAAUUCGAAACUCCGGAAGUGGUGAAAUCCGAUGCAACGAUUACUCUGCAAGAGCAGAAUCAAGUGGUGGAGGAGAGAGUGACCGAAAUUGUCGAAGAUACCGGAGACGUUUACCAGAAGGAGAUGAAGGUGGACGUUGUUUCUAAGAAAUCUAUUAAGGAACAAAGAAAGGUCGUCAGGUAUGAUGACAGUCAGCCGUUCCCGGAAUUGGAGAUUAUUUCGCAAAAGAGGGUCGUAGAAGGUUUGGAUAAAACAGCAGAAGAGGAAAUACAAACUGUAGAAGACAAGAAAAUGAUUAAGAAGGCUGUAGUGCAGAAAUCUGUUAUGGACAUGAAUAUCGGUAAAACCAAGCCGAAACCUCCAAGAUUCACGAGGAGGGUCGAACCUGUGGUGGCCGAGAAGGAUAAGCCUGCACGUUUGGUUUGCAGAGUGGAAGGAACACCUUUCCCAGAAAUCAAAUGGUACAAGAACGAGGUGUUGAUGCAGGCGAGCGAGAGAUACACCGUCACCGUAUUGGAGAACUCGGUGGUGCUCGAGUUUGGUAAAGUUGAGCCGCAGGACGUCGCCAUCUAUUCAUGCAGAGCGUCCAAUCCAGCUGGCGUGGCAACAUCCACCGCCAAUCUCGUCAUCCUAGAAAAAGAGGAGAGCGGCACCGCACCGCACUUCACGAAACCGCUGAAACCGCACAUCGUCGAGCAAGAGAAGAGCGCAAUUUUAGAAUGCGUCGUCGUUGGAAAACCGACGCCAAACGUGAAAUGGUUCAAGGGCGUCGAAGAGGUGAAACCGGACAAGAAGAGGAGGAUCUCUUACAAUCCGGAAACCGGAGUAGCCAAACUGGAGAUUCUGGAACCGACCGAAGAGGAUGAAACUAUUUUCAGAGUGACGGCUGAUAAUAAAUUCGGCAAAGCGGAAUGCCGUGCCAACAUGAUCAUAUCUAAGGCCGUCCAAGUCACUCAACCAACUGCGAUGUACGCACCCAAGAUUACCAAACCGGUUAAAGCGGUGAUCAGCAAGCCGGGAACCGAGAUUAUUUUGGAAGCCGAAUUCGAGGCGACGCCAGAAUUCGAGGUGAAAUGGCUCAGGAACAAUAAAGUCCUCGAGGAGAGUCCCAAUUACACGAUAGUUACCGAAGACAAGAUGAGCAGAAUUGUCAUCUCGAAGAAUGCUCCGCAGAAGGCGGGCAAAUAUGAGAUUCGCGUGGAGAACCGAAAGGGCGAAGCGCGCUCUUCGGGAUCGGUGACCGUGACCGAAGACAAGGAAAUCCACAAAGCCAAAGCACCCAGAUUCAUCAAACCGAUUAAACCGCAAAUCGUGACGCCCGGAGAGGUCGUCAUCAUGGAGGCUGUGGUCGAGGCAACUCCGACUGCUUCAUUCCAAUGGUAUCAAGGUUCCUAUCCCAUCCAAUCCACUCCAGAGAUUAGGAUUUCCACAACUGAGAACAAAUCCAUCUUGCUUAUAAGCGAUAUUGGCCCUGAAUUCACCGGUACAAUCACCUGCCGUGCAGAGAACGUUGCCGGUUCGGUAACUUGCACAGCCUCCCUGAAUGUCAUCGAAGAAGUCGAAUGGGAGGAAACCAGAGAGAUAGAGUAUCCUAGAUUCGUCAAACAAUUAUCACCGAUCAGGGUGAUGGAUGGUGAGAAGGUCCUGUUCACUUGCAAAGUGACCGGAAAACCAGUACCCAAAGUUGAAUGGUUCCACAACGAUCAACCAGUCCAGGAAGCCAAGGACGUUACCAUAACUCAAGACACCGAAGGCGUUUGCAUGUUGGCCAUCGCCGAGGUCUUCCCAGAAAAUGCCGGCGAAUACUCAUGUUACGCCGUCAACAAAUUAGGAGAAGCAAUCUGCAAAUCCUCCCUCAUCGUCGAAGCUUAUGAAUAUGUACCGGACUCGGAGAUCGGCCUGAUGACAGGUCCGAGCGGUAGCGAAGAAGACCUAAUUGCUGACAAGACAUUGAGCGACAUCGAUUUCCUCUCGGAAGAUGAAUGCGCGCCCAAAAUUGUUAAGAAAUUGCCCGAAGUCAUUUCCACCAAGGACGGAGACGUCACUAGAUUGGAAGUGAAGGCAGUGGGAAAACCAAAACCAACUGGUAAAUGGUUGAAACAGAACGAGGAAAUCGUUCCGUCCAACGAGUUCUUCAUCGAGAACUUCGAGGAUGGAACCUCUGUUUUAACUAUAAGCGAGGUCUACCCCGAUGAUACAGGCGAUAUAGUUUACGAAGCCACCAACGAGCUGGGUGUUGCAGUGACGACGGCCCAAUUGGUCGUCGAAUCCGUCGAAGGUAUUCUUGGAACCAAAUUAUACAGGAAACCCGAAUGGGUAACACACAUGGAAGAAUUGCAAGCCGCACUGAAAGCUGCGCAAAGUGUCCCGACCUUCGUCCAGGAGAUCACGAACGUCCACACAAACGAGGAGGAAACCGUCGUAUUCGAAUGCGUCUUCUCGGGAACACCGACACCAGACAUUAUCUGGUAUCACAACGAUAAAAUAAUCCGCAACACCGAGAGGGUUAAAAUUAAGAUCCAAGACAAUAAGACGUUCUGUACCAUUAAGGACGUUAAGAUCGAAGAUGUAGGCACGUACGUGUGCAAGGCAAUCAGCGACAUCGGUUUGGCUGUAACCAAGGCUAAAUUAAACGUGCAAGAGGUGUCCGAGGAGGAGAAGAAUGUUAUCCGCAUUCGCAAGGCGCAGGAAAGCGUCGAGAAAGUCAAGAAGGAGAAGGUCACCAUCGAGAGGAAGCGCGAAGAGCGCAAGAAGAAACGCGGUUCUAUCACCACCGAAGAGACGAAAACCAUCGGCGUGCAAGAAGUCACCCAGGUCAUAGAGAACGUCCAAGUCAUCGAGGAGAUCACCGAGGAUAAGGCCAAAUCUAUUAUCUCGAUCCAACAACCGUUGCAGACCGAGGCAAUUGCAUCCUGCAAGAAAAUCGACGAUGAGGAAGAGAUCACCGUUGAAAUUUCAGAAACAGCCAAGACAAUUAUCAUGCCCAAAGAAUCGUUGACCAUCACCGAAGUCAGAACUCAAGAUGAAAUCUCAGAAAUCUCAGAAACCAUGCCGAAAACUCGCAAGGCCAUCACGGACGUCACCGAAACUGUUCGAGAAGAGGCUGUCAUCACCGAAGUCAAUCUCGAGGAAGUCAUUAAACGCGUCGAAGAGAUCAUUAUCAACGAGGAAAUAAGGAUGGCCAAAGAGGUAACGGAAGUGCUCGAGUACAUCAGAGCCAAAGAGUUCGGACCUGGAGAGAAUCCACUGAGAGAACUCGCCGAAAUCGGUUAUUUGGUCAGAAACGGAAUCACCGUUAGAGAGGUGACCGUUCUCUACAACGAGGACAAAUUCCCGCAUCUGAAGACUCCGGAAUCGCAAAACGCGUUGGUGAAUGUCGUCGAGAGGAAGGGUCACGGUCCAUUGAUCAGCGAAGUGCUAACCGAAGAAACGACCGUCGACGAGAAGAUCUUGGCAGCCACCGUCGGCUUCAGAGCGUUCAUGAAGAUGGUCGAGUUGAAGCAUGCCACCGUCGAGGAAGUCAUCACCAUGUUCAAACCAGAAGAUUUCAUCAGACACGCUUGGGAAAUCACUGAAGUAGUUGAGGAAACUGUGAGAUCCGGAGCCACGGAGGUCGUUCACAUCUCUGGAAAAACAGAGACAAUUAUCGAUAAAAAGAAAGUUAAGAAGUUGCGGUUUAAAAACGAAGACGAAGUCCUAGAAACCCUAGAAGUUGAAGAAGAAGCUGAGCGCAAGGCUGCAGCCAAGAAACCACGCAAAUCUGAAGUCGAGAUUACAGAAUUGACCGAGGAAGAAACCACACAAGUCGCCGACAAAAAACCUAAAAAGCUCGUCGAAGACGAAGAACAAAUUGUUACCAAAAAGGUGACCAAAACCAAGAGAUCUAAACACCCGAGACGCAGCGAAUCUCAAGAGGAGAUCGUCGAAGAAGUUGAAAUUAUCGAAGUCGAAGGUGGCGGUAAAAAGCAAAUAAAAAAGAAGGUGCUUAAAUCGUACAGACCGAGCGAAGAUGAAGAAGUCUUCGAUGAAGAACACACGGGUGUUGUUAAACCGUUUGCACCGGCCUCCGAAAAGCAAUUCCCUCUUGAUACAUCCACUGUUGUCUUUGAAAGCGUCCCCACUAACCGUUUAGCACAAAUGAUGGAAUACGACAAGGAAUUGGUGCAAGGCACCAUGAAUAUUAUAACACAUUCCGCUGUUACCAAAGAGGAAACCAUGGUCAGCGAAAAGGAAGAUUCUAGCAGCAAUGCGAAACCCAUGACCGGUGUUGCAACAAAAUCACUGAGCACUCUGGAAUCAUUCCAAGUGAGCGAAACUAACGUUAAUAGCAUGCCAGGUGAAUUCGACUCUAAAUUCCAACCAUCCACUGCCAAAGCCAAAUCAGACAUAAUCACCAACGAAUCCGUAAUGAUAGAAGAAACCAAAACCGAAGAUUUAACUAAAGAUUAUGUUUCACCAGUUCAACAACAAGAUACUGCAAGUAUGUCAGUUUUAUUGCAAGAAGCCACCGGUGUUUCUGAAAUUGAAAUCUCGCAAAGCGAGGAGCACUUUGAAGGAGCUCCAAAACCAAAGUUUGUUCAAGCUUCAAAGACCUUCACCACCAAAGAGAGUAUCGAAGUGAAAGAAAUCUUGCAAGGAGAAUUCGAAGAUACUUUCGACAGCACUCAACCAGCCACAGUUAAACCUAAAUUUGAUAUCACCGAGAAUCAAUCACUCAUCAUCGAAGAAGUCGUAACCGAAACAAAGCCGGGCAAACAUUUGCCGGAAUCAUUCGUACCCACAGAGGUAGCCAGCAAAAACGUGAUUACGCAAAAGCAAUUGGUGUCUUCGGAACUGUACAUUCCAGAGCUGGAAGGCGAAUUUAUCCCUGGUAAAUUGCCACCUUCGCAAAAGGCCGGAUACAAGAUAGAUUCCGGAGACAGCAUCACCGUUACCGAAACCAGCGUGCAGGAAAAGGAGAGCACUUUCGAGGGCGCUCCAAAACCAAUCACUUCUAAAGCAAGCGAAGAUAUGGAAGUUUCCGAAGGAUUGAUUCACAGCGCUGUGGAUUCCCAAAUGCCAUCUGAAAACGUGGAAAUCGAACAGGUAGACCAUCAAAAGGCUUCUGUUGAUAUUAUACCAAAAGAUGCGGCAAUUACUCAAAUGGUGAUUAGCAACGAAAGCGAUAGAGCCUUAACAGCCGAUGAUAAACCGGAAGGAAAAUUGGCGGAAACAUCGAUAACGUGCUUGGAAACGAGCGAUAAAUUUUCGGUUAUGGUUCAGGAAUCUGAAGGACAUUUACCGAAUGCGAUAAAACCGUCGAUGGCUCAAGCCGAAUCCUCCAUUGGAGAAAAAGAACCUCUGACAAUAUCGCAAAUUCAAACUGCGGACUACCCCGAACAAUACUCGGACGUCUUCAAGGCUAAAUCCGAACAGAUCACCAUGAAUUUGCAAACGCAAGAAGCGCGCGAAACUACAAUGACAUUGGCUGGUGAUAAAGAGACGACGUUCGAUAAAAAAACCGUUUUAACGCAGAACGUGACGACAUCUUACAACGAUAAUAUACAAGAAAUCCAAGUUAUGCAGCAGGAGAAGAUGGAGAGCGAAGGUGUUCUUGGACAAUUCGAAUUGCCAGAUACGUAUCGCGGUAAGCAAGUGCCUUCUCAUUUAUUACCAACUGGAAUUACUGAAGAAGUUAUAGCCGAGAAUAUUACCAGAGAUUUAACUGAAGAAAGAAAUUUGGCUAGCGCUAAAGUAUGCCAAGAUGUUAAUGAAGAGACCACGAUUACGGAAACAAUGCUGCACGAAGGUAUAAAACGUUACAGCCCUGACAUCACAGCAAGUCAACAAGCCGAUGUAUCUGUAAAUGAAUCUCAAGUAAUUAGUGUGCAAGAAACACAAACAAUCGACAAAGAAGGAGAGUACAUUCCGGGUCAACUCCCUGAAGGAUUGAAACCCAAAUUGGAAUAUGAAAGUAUUACAGUUGCAAGCAAAUCUGAAGUCGUUGCAGAUACGGCGUUUGGCUCCUACGAAGACAACAAAGUUGCCUCAGCUAUAGCUAAACCACUAACAGACACUCACGAUUCCGUUACUGUGACUCAGUUUGAAACUGGAGAGAAAGAAUCUCUGGGAGAAACGUUCGUUAAACCGGAAUCGAAAAUAGCGAGUGAAUUAUUCUCAGAUGCGUCCGGCGUUGGAAGUGUUUCUCAAGUGCAAUUGCACGACAAAGAAACUGAGUUGCAGCCCGAUCAAAAACCGAUGGAAGGAGUUGCUUCUAAAGGAAUCGCUACGCAAAAGGUCAUCUUGCAAGAACAACACGAAACUGUGGUCCACGCUGAUGAGUUUGAAAAACCUGAAGUGUUGACUGGUAAAGCGAAGAAAUACGCCAGACCGAAUGCUGAGUUAAUUGUAACCGAAGCCAACGUAACAGAAGUUGAGAAAGACUUGGAGAAGGAUGUUUUCCCUAACAAGAAAAUAGCCAGCGUUGAUAUUUUACCUGGAUCGCAGAUCACCGUUACCGAAGUUGUCACCGAUGAGAGAGAGGAAGAUUUAGAAAAAUCCAAGAGACCAGAGGGUAAAGUGGCUGAAACCACAAUCAUGGAACAGCAAGUAGCUUUGAGCGAAGAAGUAUUACCCAAAUACAAUGUAGGUGAGUUCGUUAAAGAGAUUCCUGAAAGUGACGUGGCGCAACACCAUCAAACAACGCAGAGCCACAUCGUCCAAAGUUACACGACUUUCGGAGAGAAGGAAGGAGAAUUCACCGCAGAAUUUAAACCCGACCAAAAGCACAUCGUUGUUAACUUCGAGGAAGGUCAAAGCGUUCAAAUAACGGAAUCUCAAACCAUGGAAACGGAAAAGUUCUUAGAGAAACCAGAAGCUCCCGAAAGUGCCCAAGGCACUUCCGAUAUAACAACUCACGGUGUCGCUGUUAAAAGCGAGACCAUCACUGAAGAUUCCACCGAUGUUUACAGCGAAACGCAGAGAGAAUCUGUCAAAGCCGAUGUUAACCAAACCCUGCUCGAAAGUCUCUCGCAGACUCAAAACAUCGUUCAAGAGAAAGAGGAUUUGCUCAAACAAACGAAACCUGAUUUGAAGACGGCCAGCUCUGAUCUCAUAUUGGGAGAGAGUUUGUCAGUUACUUCGGUGACGAUCUGUGAUCGCGAAAAGAAAUUCGACGAGUUCGAACAACCGGAAAGUGUUACAGCAGUACCAAAUAUUUUGGGUCAAACAAUCGCACAAACGGAAAUAACACAAGCAAGUCACACAACUGAUAAAUUGGACAGAUCUUCACCCACUAAAAUGGUGGCGGAGCUAAAUCAGAGCGAGCAUCAAAGCAUAGUUCAAACGCAGAUGACCAUCAACGAAAGCGAAACCGAAUUCACGAAAUUUGCACCGGAAGAGAAGAACGUUGUCGUUAAUUUUGAAGAGAGUAAAGCGCCAGUCGUUUCUGAAACAGUCCUGAUUGAUAAAGAAGAUGUUCACAAGAAGGAUAAAAUGCCUGAAACGAGCACAGCUGAAGUUGAAUAUAAUUUGCAGAAUGUCGCUCAAAGUAAAAUCACCACUGCUCAAGGAACAGUCGAAGAUUACACCGAAUUCAAACCUAAUCUAUUCAACGCAACUGAAGACCAGAGCACGUUAGAAAGCGUGAUCAGCUCACAAACUUUGGUCUCUGAAAGCGAAAAACCUUUGGCUCCGCAACAGUUUGAUACCAAGAACGUAAAUGUGAAUUUCGAAGAAGAUCAAUCUUUGGUUAUCACUGAAGUUACCAGUGGAGACACUGAGGAUGUUUAUAGCCAAACCAAUCUCAAUUUCCAAAAUGCGAUACAGGAAUUGAAUCCUUUGGAAUCUGUGACGACUAGCGAAGUGCGAACUCAAGAUGGAAUUAAAGAACUUGAGCACGAAGCUCCGAUUAAAUCUGUUGCUGAGACCGGAUUAACUCCGUUUAUCUCUGCUACGGGAACGGAAACUGUUGUUAACGAAUUUGAAAGCGUUUUGGAUAAAGACAAGAAACCUGAAGGUAAAACCGCCGAUGUCACCGUAGACACAGACUUUUCAGUAAGAGUAGAAACUGUUUUGAUUUCCGAGAAGGAAACAUCUUUGGAUGCUAAAGACAUCCCUGAGCUGAGACAAGUCACUACGUCAUUGACUGACACUGUUAUCGUAGCUACUAAAACGGAAGUAAUUCCAGCUUCCACUACUCAGGGAAUCGAAGAGAAACCUUUAGAAUCCGCAAAGGCCAACGAAGGGACAAUUCCCAAAGAAGCUUUAGUUCAAAGCGAAAUUAUUAGCAACGAAUCUGAAAAUAUUCUCCCAGAAUCUUUAAAACCUACCGAACAUCUUGCCAGUUUAGCCGUUGAUAAGAUGGAGUCCGUUGUUACCUCGAAGGUGGUUACUGCUGAGAAAGAAGAAAAAUUCGUAACCGAAGAAACCAUUGGUAAACAACAAGCGACAGUGACGAUGGACAUCAACGAAAGGAUUGUUCAACAGGAGAAGGUUGACGUAUCCGAGAGUAUCGACAUGUUGAAGAUAAAACCGACGGUUUUAGAGACCGGAAAAGAAGUCCAAGAUUUUCAAUCCAGCGUUAUUGUUACUGAAAGCGUUUUAGAAGAUCGCGAACAAGAUUUCACCGGUAAAUUUAAACCGGAAUUGAGCCACGUCGAUAUAGGUAUUGAACAAGGAAAAUCCGUUCAAAUCGUGAGUGAAACGCAAAUUGGAAACACUGUUGGAAUAAUGGAAGAACUCACAAUGCCAAGCGAUAAGAAAGCAACGAGCAGUUUCAGCGCAUUAGAUGUAGCUGAAAAAUCUGAGGUUAUGGCGCAAGGAACCGUAACUGAAGAGUUAAUUAAAGCACCCAAAGGUACCAAAGCUGAUGUGUCGCUAAUUUCCAUGGAAGGAGUUAUAAGCUCUCAACCGAACGUGCAGGAAACAGAAGAUUCUUUAACCGAAGGUUUGAAGAUUGUUACUAAAACUGCAGAAGUUAUUCUGCAAGAGGUCAAAGGAGUAACAGUUUCGGAGACUACAACAACCGAAAAGGAAACAACUUUCGAAGGACAAAUGCAACCUGUAACGAGUAAAGCUGAUGUAGACAUAGUGGGAAGCACUAUUGUUGAGACUUCUGAGACUUUAACCAGUAUCCAUUUGGGUGAUUUGGAUAUAACUAAACCUUUGAAAGCAACUGCAUUUAAAUCGCAAACGGAACACCAGCACUUGGUGCAAAGUCAAGCUGCUACAGCGGAUACUGAAGAAACUUUCGUUGAUAAAUUCGAACCGGAGAGGAAGAAGGCAACCGCAAAUGUGGAAGAAACCCACGGAUUAACUAUUACAGAAGUGCUCAGCACCGCAUCAGAAGAUGCCUUUGUUACUCCGCAACUGCCUUUGCAGAAGGCAGUGGCAGAAGUGAAACCUGAGGAGGCAUUGGAACAAACACAACCUGAUGUUAAAGACUCUGCUAGAGAUUUAACGAUCGACACUAAAGACACCGUCAAGGCUUUAGUGCAAGUGGAUACAUUCGAAAGUGUCGUUGCCAAAGAAGCAAAUGUUCACGACCAGGAGGGAAUCUUCGAUGGAAAAUUGGUGGUUGAAACGAUGCAAGCCACGACGAUAUUCGAAGAAAGCAAAUCAGUGAAGGUUACGCAAGCUGUGGCUGAAGAGAAAGAGGAAACAUUCGAUAAGGUUGAUGUGGAAAGUAAGAAAGCCACGCAAGAGAUCUUACCAGUUGAACCUAUCCAACAGAGCGAGGUUCAAGUGCAAUCAACAGUGGACGAAUACAAGAAGUUGGCUGUGACUAAAGAAAAAGCAAUAGAAACGCAGGAAAGCCAAGAUGUUGUUAUAACUACUGAGAACUUGGCGCAAGAACAGGAAGGCGUUUUCGAGAAGUUCGUACAGGAAACUAAAGUUGCCGAAGCUUUGAUAACACCGCAGAAACACAUAACCGUGACUGAAGUUUUGACUGAAGCAACCGAAGGAGAUUUCGUUGAGACAACACACGAGAAAAAGCAAGCUGUUAAAUCUAUAACAGCGCAAGAAGUUGCUUCGCAAAGCACGACGUUAGUAUCGGAAGUACCUGAAGAUUAUAAACCAGAGGUAUUGCAGUUAGCUGAAGCUGAAGCCACGCAAACGCCGAUGCAACCAAUUUCAGUAAUUAAUUUGGUUACCAACGAGUCUGAGGAUGUUUUCAAGGAUUCUGCAUUACCGAAUUUGCAGAAGGCCGGAGUGGAAUACGAAAAAGAAGUUGAUUCAAUUAAAGUAUCUGAAACGCUUCUUCAAGAUUCUGAGGGUAUUUUCAAACCUGACGUGAUGAAGACAGAUAAGGCAAAUUUGCUGAUUUCGGAGAGGAAACAUUUUGAGCAAACGCAAACAAUUAUUAUGAAUGAGAUCGGCGAUUUAAGCUUGGAUGAACCCAACAAAAAGAAGGCUGUGCAGAAACAAAGCACUUUGGAGAGUGUAACACAGACCGAAGUUGAAGUUGAGGAGAAGGAAACUGGUUUCGAUGUUAAACAGGAGGCGCCGCAGAGGGCAUCAGUUGGAAUGCCUCUUCACGAGGGUUUGAGUGUUACAGAGAUCAACACGGAAGAGAUCGAAGGUGAAAAGGUUUUGGUCACCCAGGCCAAAGAUUCGGUGGCCAAACCCGAUAUAGUUGAAAGACAGAUUGCAUUAAAUGAAGAGGUGCAAACUCUCUUGAGUAGUGGUCAAUUUAAACCGGAAGAUGUUAAAUCGGCUAAGGCGAAAGAAGGCGAUAAAUUGGAGAGACACGGUUUGCUGGUGACUUGCGUGGAUUCUACCGGCAGUUUAGAAUCGAUGAAGCCCAUGGAGAAAGCCCCCAACAAGGCAGUUAGUGUCACAGUUGAGGACAAAACUGCAAGUGUAAUCAUAAACCAAGUCCAACCCCAUGACCGAGAGGGUCAACUGGACGAACUUGCUAUACACACAACACGUGCAACAAUCACACAGACCGAUAAAACCCAUACAAUACUAGAACAGACCUCACCCGAUGUUCGUUUUGACACUAGCACACCAAAACACGAACAAUCUGAAGAGAUCAUAACUACUUUCAAAUCCACACCAGGUAGCGAAACUGCUACAACUGUGGUCACGAAACGCACCAUCAUUAAAAAAUCUAAGAAACAGAAAGGUGAUCAAGGCGACGUCAUCAUUGACGAAGUCAUCCACGAACGAAAGCCAGAAGAUAUCGAAGAGCCAAAGAGCGAAGUGCUAAUUCAGGAAGUCCACACGGACGACGAAACCGCCGAAGUCGUAACGCCGAGUUACAUAGAGGAGCUUCCAGAGGAAGUUAAAAUUACCGAGGUAUUUGACGACGAAGGCGUGAAACAAAAGAAACUUACCAAAAAGCGUGUAAUCAAGAAACACAGGGGAGACAAACAAGAGAGGACCGAAAUCGUAACGGUCGUCGAAAAAGACAAAGAACCUGAAACUACAGUUACAGUGGAAGAAUACGAAGUGCCGGAAGAAUACAAACCAACAUCGCCCGAACCAGAAUACGUGGAAGAACUCCCGGAAGAAGUUAAAAUCCUUGAGGACAAAAAGGUCAUCAAGAAGCGAGUGAUCAAGAAACACAGAGGUCAAAAACAAGAACGCACGGAAAUCGUUACUAUUGAGGAAGCUGGUAAGGAGCCAGAAACAACGGUUACAGUGGAAGAAUACGAAGUGCCGGAGGAAUUCCAACAAAUCGAAGAGGAACCGCUUUACAUCGAAGAACUACCGGAAGAAGUUAAAGUAACCGAAGACGUCACCGAAGGUGUCAGGAGGAAGAAGAUCACCAAGAAGCGUGUGAUCAAAAAACAGAAACCAGGCAAAGAAGAAACCACCGAAAUUGUAACGGUGGAAGAAGAGGGUAAGGUGCCGGAAGUUACAGUUACAGUAGAAGAAUACAAAUCGCCCGAAGAAUUCAAACCGAAGAAACCCAAAUCAGUGAAAGCGCAAUUGAUCGAGGAAUUGCCUGAAGAGGUUAAGGUAACCGAGGUGGUAACGCACCAAGGUACCAAACAAAAGAAAAUCACCAAAACGCGAGUAAUUAAAAAGCAGUUGGGUGACAAACAGGAGAGGACAGAAAUUGUGACUGUCGAAGAAGAUGGAAAAGAACCAGAAACUUCCGUUACUGUAGAAGAAUACGAGGUUCCUGAAGAAUUUAAAAUCACCAAGCGUAAAUCUUUGAAACCGGAAUACGUCGAGGAACUUCCCGAGGAAGUUAAGGUAACCGAAACUGUUUCUCACGAAGGUGUGAAACAAAGGAAGGUGGUUAAAACUCGCGUUAUUAAGAAGCAGAAGGGCGACAAGCAGGAAAGGACUGAGAUUGUGACUGUCGAGGAGGAAGGUAAGCAACCGGAAACUCAAGUUACAGUCGAAGAGUACGAAGUUCCUGAGGAAUUUAAGAUCACUAAACGCAAAUCGCUUAAACCUGAAUACGUCGAAGAACUUCCGGAAGAGGUGCAAGUCACAGAAACUGUUUCACAUGAAGGUGUGAAACAGAAGAAGACCAUCAAAACUCGCGUCAUUAAGAAGCAGAAGGGUGAGAAACAGGAGACGACUGAAAUCGUUACUGUUGAGGAAGAUGGUAAACAACCGGAGACGAAGGUCACCGUUUUCGAGCAGCUAGAACCGCUCGAAGAAAAACCAGUGGAAGUCGAAGAGCUUCCUGAAGAAGUGAAGGUGACAGAAUACGUUGAUCAGGAAGGCGUUAAGCGAAAGAGGAUCAUCAAAAAGAAAAUCAUCAAGAAGCAGAAACGCGGCAAGGAAGAGAAAACUGAAAUUGUGACAGUACAGGAGGAAGGCAAACAACCGGAAACUUCGGUCACAGUUGAAGAAUACGAAGUGCCCGAAGAGUUCAAGCAAAUUAAAUACAAACCGGAGGAGCCUCAGGUCAUCGAAGAACUUCCCGAAGAGGUUAAGAUUAUUGAAGUUAAAACCUUGAGUGGCAAGAAGCAAAAGAGAAUUGUCAAAAAGCGCGUCCUUAAGAGGCAGAAGGGUGACAAGGAGGAGAAGACGGAAAUUGUCACUGUCGAAGAGGAAGGAAAGGAACCGGAAACCACAGUUACAGUUGAAGAGUACGAAGUACCCGAAGAGUUUAAACCAAUCGAAGAGAAACCUGAUUUCAUCGAAGAACUUCCUGAAGAAGUUAACGUCACCGAAGUGGUUGAUACUCGCGGCAGGAAGCAAAAGAAAGUUAUCAAGAAACGCGUGAUUAAGAAGCAACGCGGCAACAAGGAAGAAAAGACUGAAAUCGUUACGGUCGAAGAGGAAGGAAAGAAACCAGAAACAACAGUUACAGUCGAGGAAUAUGAAAUUCCCGAGGAGAUCAAAUCGAUCAAACCGAAGCGCGUUAAAGCGCAAAUCAUCGAGGAAUUACCAGAAGAAGUUAAGGUGACCGAAGUCGUUUCGCACCAAGGCAAGAAGGAGAAAAAGAUCACCAAGACCCGGGUAAUCAAGAAACAGAAGGGUGACAAGCAAGAGAGAACCGAAAUCGUAACAGUCGAAGUUGAAGGAAAAGAACCUGAAACCACUGUUUGCGUCGAAGAAUACGAAGUACCCGAAGAAUUCAAAAUCACCGAGGAAAAACCAGAAAAACCGGAAUACAUUGAAGAAAUGCCGGAAGAAGUGAAAGUUACCGAGGUUGUGACGCGUCACGGUGUUAAACAAAAGAAGACCAUCAAGAAACGCAUCAUCAAGAAGCAAAUCGGUGAUAAGGAAGAGAAAACCGAGAUAACCACAGUCGAAGAAGAAGGCAAAGCGCCAGAAACCACAGUUACAGUUGAGGAAUAUGAAGUUCCGGAAGAAUUCAGGAUCACUAAACGCAAAUCCAUCAAACCCGAAUACGUCGAGGAAAUGCCUGAGGAAGUGAAGGUAACAGAAGUAAUUUCUCACGAAGGUGUUAAGCAGAAGAAAACAAUCAAGAAACGUGUUAUCAAAAAGCAAAUUGGUGGUAAACAGGAAACAACAGAAAUCGUUACAGUUGAGGAGGAAGGAAAGCUUCCAGAAACAACAGUUACUGUCCAAGAAGGUCCAGUCAAGUACAGACCGGAAGUUAUUGAAGAAUACCCUGAACAAGUUACAGUUACCGAAGAGGUGACCGACAAAGGAAUCAAACAGAAGAAAAUAAUUAAGAAGAAAAUCGUUAAAACUGUUGUUGAGGAAAAAACUGCCCCAGAAGAAAUUGUGGAAGAAUUAGAAGAAUUUAAACCACAAGAAAUUAUUGAAGAACUUCCCGAAGAGGUGAAAGUAACCGAAGAGAUUACAGAUACCGGUGUUAGGAGGAAGAAGAUAAUCAAGAAACGCGUUAUUAAGAAACAAAAGGGUAACAUGGAAGAAAAAACAGAAAUUGUCACAGUCGAGGAAGAAGGCAAGAAACCUGAAACCACUGUAACAGUUGAGGAGUACGAAGUACCUGAAGAAUAUAAACCCCUCAAACAAGAACCUGUGUUCAUCGAGGAACUUCCUGAGGAAGUUAAAGUCACCGAAGUCGUGACAGAUAAAGGUGUUAAACAAAAGAAGAUCAUCAAGAAACGCGUGAUCAAACGCCAGAAGGGUGGGAAAGAAGAGAAAACCGAGAUUGUUACAGUGGAAGAGGAAGGAAAGCAACCAGAAACAAAGGUUUCUGUUGAGGAAUACGAAGUUCCGGAAGAAUUCACGAUUGAUAAACGACCAUCAUUGAAACCCGAAAUAAUCGAAGAACUUCCUGAAGAAGUUAAAGUCACCGAAGUAAUUGAUAUUCGUGGCAAGAAGCAAAAGAAAAUUAUCAAGAAACGCGUCAUAAAAAAACAAAUUGGCGAUAAGGAAGAGAAAACCGAAAUCGUUACAGUUGAGGAAGACGGCAAAAAGCCCGAAACCACAGUUACCGUUGAGGAAUAUGAAGUGCCAGAAGAAUUCAGAAUCACAAAACGCAAGUCUCUUAAACCGGAAUACAUCGAAGAAAUGCCCGAAGAAGUUAAAGUUACUGAAGUGGUUACACACGGCGUUAAGCAGAAGAAAAUCGUCAAGAAACGUGUGAUCAAGAAGCAGGUUGGUGACAAAGAGCAGACAACAGAAAUCGUUACGGUCGAAGAGGAAGGUAAAGAACCGCAAACUUCUAUCACCGUUGAAGAAUACGAAGUACCUGAAGAAUUCAGGAUCACUAAACGCAAAUCGAUUAAACCAGAUUACAUCGAAGAACUUCCAGAAGAGAUUAAUGUGACUGAAGUUGUUUCUCACCAAGGCACGAAGCAAAAGAAGACCAUCAGAAAACGUGUUAUCAAAAAACAAAUUGGUGACAAAGAAGAAAAGACAGAAAUAACAACUGUUGAGGAGGAAGGAAAAGAACCAGAAACCACGGUAACAGUUGAGGAAUAUGAAGUUCCGGAAGAGUUUAAGAUAACUAAACGUAAAUCGAUCAAACCGCAAUAUAUCGAGGAACUUCCAGAAGAAGUCAAGGUGACGGAAGUGAUUACUCAGACUGGAGCUAAAGAAAAGAAAACCACCAAGAAACGCGUCAUCAAGAAACAAGUGGGAGACAAGGAACAGAAAACUGAAAUUGUUACUGUCGAGGAAGAAGGCAAGAAACCCGAGACUACAGUUACUAUUGAGGAGUACGAAGUUCCGGAAGAAUUCAGAAUUACUAAACGCAAGUCACUGAAACCAGAGUACAUCGAAGAACUACCUGAAGAAGUGAAGGUAACUGAAGUUAUCUCACAUCAAGGUAAGAAACAAAAGAAAACUGUUAAAACCAGAGUUAUCAAGAAACAAGUUGGUGACAAGGAAGUGAAAACUGAAAUAGUGACUGUGGAAGAGGAAGGAAAGGAACCGGAAACUAAAGUUACCGUUGAGGAAUACGAGGUUCCUGAAGAAUUCAGGAUCACCAAACGAAAAUCCAUUAAACCGGAAUACAUCGAGGAACUUCCCGAAGAAGUUAAAGUGACUGAAGUCGUUUCUCACAGAGGCAAGAAGCAGAAGAAGAUCGUUAAAACCAGAGUCAUCAAAAAGCAAAUCGGUGAUAAGGAGGAAAAAACAGAAAUUGUCACCGUCGAGGAAGAAGGCAAAGAACCAGAGACCACUGUCACUGUUGAGGAAUACGAAGUUCCCGAAGAGUUCAGAAUAACCAAACGCAAAUCUCUGAAACCAGAGUAUGUCGAAGAGCUUCCCGAGGAAGUCAAGGUAACAGAAGUGGAAACACGCGAGGGAACAAAGAAAAAGAAAAUCAUUAAGAAGCGUGUCAUUAAAAAGCAAAUAGGUGACAAGGAAGAGAAAACGGAAAUUGUAACGGUUGAAGAGGAGGGCAAAGAGCCGGAAACAUCCAUUACCGUUGAAGAAUACGAAGUUCCUGAAGAGUUUAAGAUAACCAAACGUAAAUCUGUUAAACCUGAGCUCAUAGAAGAACUUCCAGAGGAAGUUGAAGUAAGCGAAGUUGUUACUCGCGAGGGAACUAAGCAGAAGAAAAUCAUUAAGAAACGGGUGAUCAAGAAACAGGUUGGCGGAAAGGAAGAAAAAACUGAAAUUGUUACUGUUGAGGAAGAUGGCAAAGAACCAGAAACUUCCGUCACUGUUGAAGAAUACGAUGUUCCGGAAGAAUUUAAACCGAUCAAACGUGAAUCCAUCAAACCUGAUUUCAUUGAAGAACUUCCCGAAGACGUUAAGGUAACAGAAACAGUAACUCACGAGGGCGUGAAAAAGAAGAAGAUUAUCAAAACCAGAGUAAUCAAGAAGCAAAAGGGUCAGAAACAAGAACGAACUGAAAUUGUCACUGUUGAGGAAGAAGGCAAGAAGCCGGAAACUUCGGUGACAGUUGAAGAAUUCGAAAUGCCCGAAGAAUACAAACCCAUUGAAUACAAACCUGAGGAACCCGAAUAUAUUGAGGAAAUGCCCGAAGAAGUCAAGGUUACCGAGACUGUGACUAGGGAAGGCGUUAAACAUAAGAAGAUUAUCAAGAAGCGUGUCAUCAAGAAACACAAAGGCGGAAAACAAGAAAGCACAGAAAUUGUAACUGUGGAAGAAGAAGGCAAACAACCAGAAAUUACCGUAACAGUUCAAGAAAAAGAGACUCCGGAAUACGAACCGAGGGAGCCCGAACAAUUAACAAUCGAAGAACUACCGGAGGAUGUUAAAGUCACCGAAACUAUAACACCGGAAGGUAUCAGGAAGAAGAAAAUAAUCAAGAAACGUGUUAUUAAGAAACAGAAAGGACCUAAAGAGGAACGCACCGAAAUUGUGACUGAAGAAGAGGAAGGCAAGGAACCGGUAACUAAGGUUACCGUUGAGGAAUACGAAGUUCCUGAAGAGUUUAAGAUUACCAAACGUAAAUCCAUCAAGCCCGAAUAUAUCGAAGAACUUCCUGAAGAAGUUAAGGUUACCGAAACUGUGACACGCGAAGGCGUUAAACAGAAAAAGAUCAUCAAAAGGCGCGUCAUUAAGAAACAAAUUGGAGGUAAAACAGAAAAAACUGAAAUUGUCACCGUCGAGGAAGAUGGAAAGGCACCGGAGACCACAAUCUCCGUCGAAGAGGUGCCAGUGACUUACGAACAAAUUGAUCACAAGUUCGUCAAGCCGGAAUCUAUCGAAGAACUUCCCGAAGAAGUUAAAGUCACUGAAAUCGUAACGCCUGAAGGAACCACAGUAAGGAAGGUAAUCAAGAAGAGGGUAAUCAAGAAACAGAAGGGACCUAAAGAGGAGAGAACUGAAAUUAUCACUGUCGAAGAGGAGGGCAAGAAACCCGAAACCCAAGUCACCGUAGAAGAAUACGAGAUGCCUGAAGAGUUGAAACAAAUUAGGAAAUUAUCUGUUAAACCUGAAUACAUUGAGGAACUUCCUGAAGAAGUUAAAUUAACUGAAACUGUAACGCGCGAAGGUAUCACGAAGAAGAAACUUAUUAAAACUCGUGUUAUCAAGAAGCAAAAGGGACACAAGCAAGAAAGAACUGAAAUUGUAACUGUGGAAGAAGAAGGAAAAGCACCCGAAACUAUAGUCAACGUUGAAGAAUACGAAGUACCUGAGGAGAUUAAACCGAUCGAAGAACUGAAACCUGAAUAUGUGGAAGAACUCCCAGAAGAAAUUAAGGUAGUCGAGACUGUGACACCGCAAGGCAUUAAACAGAAGGUCACCAAAAAACGUGUUAUCAAGAGGCAAAAGGGCGGAAAGGAAGAGCGCACCGAAAUUGUAACUGUGGAAGAAGAUGGUAAAAAACCGAAGACUUCUGUAACUGUGGAAGAAUUCGAUGCACCGGAAGAAAUUAAACCCACCGAAUUGCUCUCCAUUAAACCUAAAUAUGUCGAAGAACUUCCCGAAGAGGUUAAAAUCACAGAGACCGUGUCUCGUGAAGGUAUCAAAAAGAAGAAGAUUGUUAAAACUCGUGUCAUCAAGAAACAGAAGGGCGAUAAGCAGGAACGCACUGAAAUUGUAACUGUGGAGGAAGAAGGAAAGGCACCAGAAACUUCCGUUACCGUAGAGGAAUAUGAAGUUCCUGAAGAGUACAAACCUAAGGAACAGAAAUUAAUUGAACCCGAAUACAUCGAGGAAUUACCGGAAGAGGUGAAAGUCACCGAAACCGUAACUCGCGAAGGUGUUAGGAAGAAGAAAAUCAUUAAGAAGCGCGUGAUUAAGAAGCAAAUAGGCGAUAAGGAGGAGAAAACGGAAAUCAUUACUGUCGAAGAGGAAGGCAAGAAACCGGAAACUACUGUAACUGUUGAAGAAUACGAAGCGCCAGAAGAAUUUAAACCAGUAAAGAGGAAAUCUAUUAGACCUGAAUACAUUGAAGAAUUGCCGGAAGAAGUUAAAGUCGUCGAGACAACGACUCCGGAAGGCAUUACUAAAAAGAAGGUUGUGAAAAGGAGGAUCAUCAAAAAACAGAAGGGUGACAAGACGGAGAAAACGGAAAUCGUUACCGUGGAGGAAGAGGGCAAAAAACCCGAAACUUCGGUAACAAUCGAAGAAGUCGAUGGACCGAAACAAGAAGAACCAAAAUACCUUUUCGUACCUACCCUGGCGAACAAACCGAAAACGGAGCAAGAACUUAUAGAUGAAGCACGCGCCGAAUUUAUUAAAAAGGCUCUGUACAAACAACCUGAAAGAGUCGAGGAAAAUGAGGAGGAGACCGUGAUUAAGAAGAAAACGAUUAAGAAACGCAAAUCUAAGAAACCUGAGGAAGAAGAAAUUCAACAAGAGAAGCCUGAAUAUAUCGAAGAACUUCCGGAGGAGAUUAAAAUCACUGAAACGAUUACUCCCGAAGGAAUCAAGAAGCGCACUGUCAAGAAGCGCGUAAUCAAGAAGCACAAGGGACACAAGCAAGAGCAAACGGAAAUCGUAACAGUCGAGGAAGACGGUAAACAACCGGAAACGUCUGUUACCGUUGAAGAACUCGAUGCUCCGGAAGAUUUCAAACCAACUGAAGAAGAGUGGGUUAAACCCAAAUACAUAGAAGAGCUUCCUGAGGAAGUUAAAAUUGUUGAGACCGUAACUCCGGAAGGAAUUAAACAAAAGGUCAUCAAGAAGAGGGUGAUCAAAAAGCGCAAGGGCGUGAAACAGGAACGCACCGAAAUUGUAACCGUCGAGGAGGAAGGUGAAGCUCCUAAGACUACCGUCACCGUUGAAGAAAUUGAAACUCCGGAAGAAUUUGCACCGGUCGAAGAAAAACCACAGUACAUUGAGGAAUUACCAGAAGAAAUUAAGGUUACUGAAAUCGUUACACCAGAAGGUACCCAUAGGAAACAAGUUGUUAAGAAGAGGGUAAUUAAACGUAAAAAACACGGAAAACAGGAAACCACCGAAAUCGUCACUUUAGAAGAAGAAGGCCUCGAACCGGUAACCACUGUUACUGUUGAGGAAUUUGAAGCGCCAUUCGAAGAAGCUCCAAUUCGUCCUGUGUACAUCGAAGAGAUACCAGAAGAUGUGAAGGUCACAGAAGUGGUCACUCACGAAGGCGUGCAAAAGAAACGUAUCGUUAAGAAACGUGUCAUCAAGAAACAUAAGCCUGGUAAAGAGGAAACCACUGAAAUUGUAACCGUCGAAGAAGAGGGAGAAGAACCGACGACCACUGUAACUGUUCAAGAAAAGGAAGUUCCGGUAGAAUACGAAACUAUCGAGAAUAAAUUUGUUCAACCAGAAUUUAUCGAGGAAUUCCCAGAGGAGAUGAAAGUCACAGAGAUCGUUUCCGUUGAUGGAACUUCCAAGAAACGUAUUAGCAAAAAACGCGUCAUCAAGAAGCACAAACCUGGCAAGCAAGAAACAACGGAGAUCGUAACCGUGGAGGAGGAAGGCAAGAAGCCUGAGACCACGGUGACCGUAAAAGAAGUAGAUCUUCCCGUCGAGGAAAGCAUCGAUGAGUUGCCUGAAGUAGUUGAGGUGAAAGAGAUUAUUACUGAUGAGGGUGUGAGAACUGAACAAGUAGUUAAGAAACGUACGAUUAAGAAACGCAAAGGACCGAAACAGGAAACCACUGAAAUUAUAACGGUGGAGGAAUUAGGUAAGGAACCGGAAACGAGCGUGAAAGUCACCACACAAACACUUACAACACCCGAAGAAGAUAUUACAACCACCAUCACCACCACCACACCAGAUACUACCAAACCACAAGAACACAUACACAAGAAAACACGAAAACAAGAACCCAAAAAGAAACAACAACAACCCGACGACUCUGAAGAACCGAAAUAUCUUUUCGUUCCCACACUCGCAAACAAAGAACACUUAAAAGAUGAACAAGACAUUAUUGACACUGUUAGGGCGGAAUUUAUUAAGAAAGCUCUGUUCAAACGACCCGAGGUCGUUGAGCAGGAAGAAACAACUGUUCACAAGAAACGGGUAACCAAAAAGCGCAAGGUAAUUAAAACAGGUGAAGUAGAGGAACAGCCGGAUCACGUCGAAGAACUUCCCGAAGAAAUAAAGGUGACCGAAACGAUUAAACCGGACGGUACAGAAAGUGUAAGUAUUGUCAAAAAGCGGGUAAUCAAAAAACGUAAGGGCAACAAGCAAGAAGUUAUGCAAAUAGUUACAACGGAAAUUGAAGAUCAAGAACCUGAGACCACUGUGACUGUGCAAGAAGAGGACGUACCAGAGGAGGAGCAAUUCAUAACUCCCCAAUACAUCAUCGAAAUACCAGAAGAAAUUAAAAUAACCGAGAGCUAUUCUCUGGAUGGCACGAAGCACAAGAAAAUUGUCAAGAAACGCGUCAUCAAACGUAGAAAGGGCGUCAAAGAAGAAAGAACGGAAAUAGUGACCGUCGAAGAGGAUGACAAAGCUCCAGAAAUUGCAGUUACCGUAACAGAAACCGAACAACCGGAAGAAUACAUCAUGCCGAAAUACAUAGAAGAAUUACCGCACGAAGUUAAGGUGGUAGAAGUAGAAACUCCGGAAGGAACACUUAAGAAGCAAAUCGUCAAAAAGCGAGUAAUUAAAAAGCGCACAGGUUCCAAACAGCAAAUCACCGAAAUCGUUACUGUCGAAGAGGAAGGAAAGAGUCCCGAAACUCUAGUCACCGUCGAAGAAACUACCGUUCCUCUGGAAGAAAUCACCGAAUCACUACAAGUCGAACAACAACCAGAAGAAAUCACCGAACUUCCCGUAGAACUUAAGGUUAUCGAAACCGAAACACCGUUAGGUACAAUCACGAAGAAACAUAUUAAAAAGCGUGUCAUCAAGAAGCGCAAACCAGGUAAGGAAGAGACCACGGAAAUUGUUACAGUUGAAGAGGAAGGUAAGGAACCUGAAACUAUUGUUACCGUGCAUGAAACGGAAACACCGGAAGAAUUCGUGGAACCUGAAUACAUCGAGGAAUUGCCUGAGAAAAUACAGAUUACCGAAACCAUCACUCCUGAGGGAGUACAGAAAACUAAGAUAACCAAGAGGAGAAUUAUUAAGAGACGCAAGGCUGGCAAAGAGGAAACCACUGAAAUUGUUACAGUCGUUGAAGAUGGACAGAAACCUGUUACAUUCGUUGAAAUACAAGAGGAAACACCUGAAGAAACUAAACAGACGCGUAAGAUUAAAAAGAAAAAGCCCGAGGAAAUACCAGUUGGUGAAGAGGUUAUCGAAAAACUGAAACCAACUGAAGAAGAGCCUAAGAAGCAUUUAACGGCGGAAGAAAAGCUCGAGAAGAUCAAGAGGAAACUCAAGAAGAAGAAAUCUGUGGACAAGGAAGAAACCAUCGAAUAUCCGGUUUACAUUGAAGAAUUGCCGGUUCAACUGCAAACAGUUGAAAGCGAAACUCCGGAGGGACCAUUGAAGAAGGUCAUAAAGACUAGAGUUAUCCGCAAACGCACCGGUAAAAAGAUGGAAAGUACAGAGAUCGUCACCGUUGAAGAGAACGGACAAGUUGUCGAUACCACUGUUAAUGUGACAGAAUCUGAAACACCUUUGGAAGAAAUCGUCUUCGCUACACCAGUUAUAGAGGAAAUACCAGAUGAUGAUCAAGUCAUAGAAAUUGAUACCAACGAAGAAACACCGAAGAAACGAAUCACCAAAAAGAAGGUGUUCUAUAAGGAAGUUGGACCAGUAGUUGAGACAACUGAAAUUACUACUGUCGAAGAGGAUGGUCAAGAGCCGAUCACUGAAGUGACGGUAGAAUCUGUUGACAAGGAAGAAUUCAUCAAGAGGCGCACAAAGAAAAUCAAAAAGAAGAAACAGCCUAAGGAGAAAUACUUGUUUGUACCGACUCUGGCACAUAAAGAUGAUGUCGACAGUGAGGAGGAAGUUAUUGAUAUGGUACGUUUGGAAAUUCUCAAGAAAGCUGUGUCGUUGCCUCAAUAUGAGGAAAUUAUGCAAGAGGAAUAUCUGGACUUUGAUAUUGUGCAGCCAGAGAUGGCGCACGCAACUUGUGAAGAAUAUCCGGAGCUGGUAAGUGUCGUUCAAGUGCAGACAGCUGGUGUCAUCGAACAGAAAGUUAUCAAGAAGAGAAGAAUUAAGGAUAAAAAAGACGGCAAAGAGAAAGUCACGGACAUUAUUACAGUUGAACAAAAGGAUAAACCCAAACAAUUCUACAUAAUCGAAGACGCCAAAGAAGAAAUCGGCGAGGAGGAAGUUCCUAUUAAGGUAAUUGAAUUACCUGAAGAAGUUAAAGUGGAAGAAGUCCUCGACGAAAACAACAUUCCUAUAAAGAGAACGAUUAAGAAACGUAAAUUGAAGAAGCCAAAAGAUAACGAAAAGGAUGAAAUAACUGAAAUCACAACCGUAGAGGAAGAAGGUAAAUUACCGGAAACAACAAUUACCACAUUCGAAGCACCGAAAAAGAAACCGACCGAAGAAAAACCAAAGAAACCAGAAGCUCAAAAGAUACAGCUCAUCUCUAAACCAAAGUCGAUGAAAGCGGAGAUUAUCAAGGUGGAAGAUUUGCCGUCGCUCCUUAAGAAAAAGAGAACGACCCCGAAAGCACCGCAAAAAUCAAAGACUCCGAAGUUCAGGCUGAAGAGCAGAAUCAGGUUCAUCGAUUUCCCAUCGCAAUCCGAGACUGAGCAAAAGCCCAAGAUCUCUGAAUUAACAAGAGUGGUAAAGGACAAUGGUAUUUUGUCCAGGAACAUGAAGGAGGCUGAAAAGAUUGUGAAAACUAAGCGCAGGAAAUUGAAGUCAGUUAAGGACGAUACCGAAGACCUCGAAAAACUCGAUCUGGAGUUCGAGGAAUUGAAGAAAAAAGAACCCGAAUCCGUGGACGAACAAUACAAAUACAAACGGCCGGAAAAGAAACCGAAAGAGGAAGAGGAAUUACCUAAACCGCUGAAAAUCGGAAAAGGAAAGGUUCCCAAAGAGGAGGAGAUUCCUGAAGUCAUUAAAUUGAAAAAGAUUCCAACCAAAGAAAAGCAACCAGAAGAAGUUGUUAAGAAGGAGAAGAAGGAGAAACCGACGAAAAAACCGGAACCGAUUGAUUUGCCAGAAGUUGAAAGACCCGACUUGGAACCGUUCAAACCUUACGACAUUGAUGGCACAGAUAGAGAAAUUGAAGAAUUACAAUUGGAACCUUUCGAACGCAAACCUAAAGAACCGAAGGAUGCCGAGAAACCCAAACGUACCAAGAAACCAAAACCAGAGCACAAGCCUGAAACAGAAGAAUCAAUUCUCGUGAAAGGAAUUCCAAAGAAAACUGAGCCGGAGGAAGAACCGGAUCUGAAAUUGAGAUACAAACAAAAGGAAAAACCAGAGGAAGAACCUGAGGUUAUUAAACUGAAACCAUUUAAGAAACCUAAAGACGAGAAACCUACUGGCGACAAGGACUUGGAUGUUGGAAAACCUAAAGGAUAUGAAAGAGACGAACCAAAGUUCGAAUUAGUGCUUCCAGAGUUUGAAAUGAAGGAUAAGAAACGUAAGAAACCGAAGAGGAAGAUUUCCAUGCACGAAUUACCUGAAGAAAUAGAAGUUGUUCAGGUAAAAGACGAUAAAGGAAAACCGGUAAAGAAAACAAUCAAGAAACGUGUUAUCAAGAAGAUAACGGCGCCUGCUGAAGAAGUAACGGAAAUCAUUACCCUUCAAUAUGGUGAUGAAGAACCAGUAACCACGAUAACUGUUGAAGAGUUCUCUGAACCUGAGGAGGAAAUACCGGAAACGGCUACGAUCGUAGAGGAAACCCCAGAACAAGUUACCACCGAAUUGGUAACGAUAAAUAACGUGGUUAGGAAGAAGGUAAUCAAAAAGAAACUGAUUAAGAAACCUAAAGGAGAUAAAAUGGAAACCACUGAGAUAACUGUCGUCGAAGAGGAUGACCACGAACCCGAAGUAACUGUAUUGGAGACAGUAGAAAAUUUAACACCGCAAGAAAUAAAACCAAAGAAAGCCAAGGAGCUCAUCGUUGAAUUACCAGAAGAAGUCAAGGUAACCGAAGUGGUGACGAAUGAAGGAGAAGUAGUUAAGGUCAUCAGGAAGAAACGUAUCAUCAAAAAGAGAAUUGCUCCCAAAGAGGAAAUCACCAAUAUUGAAGUAACGGAAGUAGAAGAUCAAGAACCAGUAACAACCGUCACUAUUGUAGAAAAAGAGCUGGAGGAAGUGGAAGAAAUUCCAGAAAACGUUCAAGUUAUCGAAGAAUUACCGGAAAAGGUUGAUAUUACUCAAGUGGUGGACGAAACUGGAAAGAUUACCAGAAAGAUAAUUAAGAAACGUAUUAUCAAGAAACCAAAGGACAAGGAAGUUGAAACCACCGAAAUCACAACUAUCUGCGAAGACGAUAAACCCGAAGAGGUAAUCGUUAAGACAAGCAAGGGUAAGAAAAUUAAGUACUUCGACGAAGAAACAGACGUGAUUGAACCCUUCGCCACCAAAAAACAUAAGGCUAAACCUGUUAUGCACGAGUUGCCUGAAGAGGUGACUGUAACAGAAACUGUGUCCAGACAAGGUGCGCCUGUGAAGAGAACCACCACGAAACGAGUAAUAAAGAAGCCUAUUCACGCCAAAGAGGAAAUAAUGGAGAUAGUAACGGUUCAAGAAGGAGACGAUGAACCCACAUCCAAAGUGACUGUAACAAUAGAAGAAAUCAAUGAGCCUGAUUUGAUCGAGGAAAUUCCGGAUGAUUCGGAAAUUGUCGAGGAAAUGCCUGAGGAAAUUAUAAUAACCAGCGAUAAGAGCUCCAGAAAAACUGUUAGGAGGAGGGUCAUCAAGAAACCGAAAGAUGACGAUGACAUUGAAAUAACGGAAAUUGAAACAAUCACUGAGGACGAUAAUGCGCCGGAAAUAAUAAUAAAAACUUCCAGAGUGAAGAGAUUGAAGACGAUUCCUGAAGAAACUAUCGAAGAGUUGGAAGUCGAAGAUAGGAAAGCCAAGAAGGCGCACAUCUUAACUCAUGAACUUCCUGAAGAAAUAACUGUAACACAGGUUGUUAGCAAGGAAGGAAUCUCUGUAGAGAGGAUCGAGAAGAAACGAGUUAUUAAGAAACGCAUUGCUCCAAAGGAAGAAAUCACGGAAAUCGAAACUGUCCAAGAAGAUGACAAGAAACCGGUCAGCAGAGUAACAGUUACCGAGCAUGUGGUUGAAAAGUUCGAAGAGCUUCCAGAGGAAGCCGUUGUUAUUGAAGAGUUACCUAACGUAAUUAACGUUACAGAGGUCAUCGAUAAUAGGGGUGUUUCGACGAAGAAAAUUAUUAAGAAGAGGAUAAUCAAGAAACCGAAAGGCGAUGAAAUGGAAACAACGGAAAUCACAACUGUUCACGAGGAAGACAAGAAACCGAAAACAACUGUAGAAGUGAAAACUUCGAAACCUCUGAAAACCAAACCGAUUGAUUUCGAUGAGUUAACCGAACUGAAACCGUUCGACAGAAAACUGAAAGAAGCUAAAGUGGUAAUUCAAGAACUACCCGAGGAAUUUACGGUAACUGAGGUGGUUUCCAACCUGGGCAAGGUUGAAAAGAAAACGGUGAGGAAGCGCGUCAUCAAGAAGCAGAUACAACCGAAAGAAGAGGUGACGGAAAUAAUAACCGUCGAAGAGGACGGAAAGGAACCCGUAACCACAGUCACAGUGCAGGAACUUGAAGAACCGUUCAUCGAAGAGGAAUUACCCGAAAGCAUCAUAAUCGAAGAAUUACCGGAAGAAGUUAAAGUAACAGAAAUUAUUGACGAAGAAGGCACGACUAAGAGAAUAACAAAGAAACGCGUUAUCAGGAAACCCAAAGACAAGAAAACAGAGGUGACCGAAAUAGUUACUGUUGAAGAAGAAGACAAACAACCUGAAGUCAAAGUACAUACUUACACUGUCGAGGACUUGGAAGAUGCCGAAGUUCUCGAACCGUUACCUAAGAUGCGCAAAGCCAAGGUUACCCAAGAGUUACCCGAAGAAAUCACUGUGAUUCAAGUGAAAACUGAAGAGGGAAAACCCGCUCAGAAAACGAUCAAAAAGAGAGUAAUCAAAAAGAGAACUGGUCCUAAAGAAGAAAUCACAGAAAUUGAAACGAUCCAGGAAGGUGAAAAGGAACCGGUAACAACUGUAAAGGUUACCGAGGAGGACGUUGAAGAAUUCAAGCAAGAACCUGAAAUUGAACAAUUAGAAGAAUUGCCCGAAGAAGUAAAGGUAGUCGAAGAAGUGAUCGAGGGUAAAAAGAUGAAGAAAAUUAUUAAGAAGAGAGUCAUCAGAAAACCUAUAGACGAUGAUCAAAUCGAGACAACAGAGAUUAUUACCGUGCACGAGGAUGAUAAAUCUCCUGAAAUCAAGGUGAACGUAAAACUGUCUAAAUUCGAUGAGGUAACAAUCGAUGAAGAGAUAGUCGAUGAAUUCGAAGUUAAACCAAAAACUAAGAAGGCCAAGGUAAUCAAAGAUAAGCAAGAGAAGGUUAAAAUUACAAAACCGCUCACUGGUAAGGUUCCGAAGUUACAAGAAACAGCGCAACAAGUUGAAGAAACCACAACAUUAGACACACCACUCACACAUGAACAUACUGAUGUUAAGAUUACACCACUAUCAGAAUCUCAAACAGUCACAGAAACACAACUAUUAGACGGUACACUAGGUGAAGUUAAACCAGACGAAAUUGUCUUUGAUAAGGCAACUUCUUCUGUGACAGAUAUAAAAGAGCAUGUAUCUGUGACAGUGGUUGAGUCGCAAAAGAACGAGGACAAAAUCGAAGAAGAGGAGGUGAUUGCAAAGGCCGUCGAAGUCGUCGAACCGGAACUCGAAGUGGUUGAGAAGAAAAAGAAGAAGGUGAAGAAACCCAAGGAAGUGCAUCCCGUCGAAGAGGAUGCGCCUAUAAUUGAAGAAGUCACCGAGGAAGAAAUCGUUGAAGAAAAGAAGAAGAUCAAGAAGCAUAAACCGAUCGAGGAAGAUGAUAAACCGAUCAUCGAAGAAGUUGAAGAUGAAAAACCGAUUAUCGAAGAAGUCAUCGAAGAGAAACCCAUUGAGAUCGAAGAGGAGAUCAUUGAAACCAUCGAGAAGAGAAAGAAAAAGAUCAAGAAACCCAAAGAGGAGAAACCAGUGAUCGAAGAAGUCGUCGAUGAGAAACCGGAAGAAAUCGAGGAGGAAACUAUUGAGACCAUCGAAAAGAAGAAGAGAAAGAUCAAGAAACCCAAGGAUGUUAAACCGAUUGAAGAAGUUCCAGUUGAGGAUGAGAAACCAAAGGAGGUUGAGAAACCGAAGAAAUCCAAGUUGCAGAAACUUGAGCCCCUCAAAAUUGACCGUAAGGAAAUUAAGCCACAAAAAUUGAUCAUAACGAAGCCGGAAGAUAGCCCGCUCAACUUCGCAGAGAUUAAGCUGAAGAAACCGAAGAUUCCGCAAAGGAAAGAUAUCAAGGAGAAAAAGGUGCCCAAGUUCUUGCUGAAAAGUAGGAUGACUCUGGUCACUUUCCCUCCCAUCACGGAAUCUCAACAGAAACCCAAGUACUCCCAACUCGAGCCGGUCUAUAAAGAUAACGGUGUUCUGUCUCGCAACGUAAAAGACGCCGAAAAGGUAAUGAAAACAAAACGUAGGAAACUGAAGGACGUUGAUAAGAGUCUCGAGGAUCUGGAAAAAUUGGAUCUGGAAUUUGAAGAAUUGCACAAGAAGGAACUUGAGAAAGUGGAUAAGGAACUAUACCAGAAACCGAAGAAGGAGAAGCCCAAAGAACCUGAAGUCGAAGAACCUAAGAAACUUAAGAUUGGUAAAGGAAAGGUACCUCAAGAGGAGUUCACUCCAGAGGAAAUUAAACUGAAGAAGGUUCCUCACAAGGAAAAAUUAGAACCUGAAGAAGUGGAAAAGAAACCGAUUAAGAAGGACGUCCUGAAACCUGAGGUUAAGGAGAUCAAGGACGAAGAAGAACCAACACGUCUUAAGUUUGAACCGUUUGACAUCGACAGGGAAUCACCUGAAAGAGAAGUGUAUGAGAAACCGGAAUUCGAGAAACCUGAAGAAGAAAAACCAAAGGAAGAAAAAGUUAAGAAACCAAAGACCAAGAAGGUGAAACCGGAACCAGAGGUAGAACAAAUCGAAUUGAUCAAGGGUAAACCAAAACCGAAGGAAGAAGAGGAAACACCUGAGCUUAAGUUGAAAUACAAGCAAAAGGAAUUACUACCGGAGGAACCAGAAGAAAUUAAACUGAAACCAUUCAAGAAACCUAAACCCGACGAAGAAGAAAAACCAAAGGAGAUAGACGUUGGUAAACCUGAAGGUAUUGAAUUCAAACGUGACGAAGAACCGAUUAAAAAGAAGGUGAUUAAGAUCAGGAGGAAAACUAAGGGAAAAGUAGGUAAACCUGCAGAACACGAGGACAUCGAAGGAGAAGAUGAAAUUUCCGAAGACGUUACAUUCGAGGAAGCCGUAGAAGAACUACCGGUUGAGGAAAUUCCCGAGGACGAAGAGAUAUUCGAAGAUGCCAAUGAACUGAUUGAAGAAGAUGUGACCGUAGUCAAGAAAACAAGAAAAAUUAGAAGACCUAAAAUUAAAGAACCAGAAAAACCUGAAUUGGUCGAAGAAGAGCAACCCGAAGAAGAAACCGUGCAAAUCGAUGAAGUUGUAGAGAAAAUUGAAAAAAUCAAAAAGAAGAAACCCAAAGUGCAAGAGAAGGAAGAGAAACCAGAAGAACCAGAGAAGGUCGAAGAAAAACCAGAGAAACUGACGCCCAUUAAGGUGGACAGGAAAGAAGUAAAACCACAAAAAAUGGUGAUAACUAAACCUGAAGACGCCCCAGUUAACCUCGCGGAGAUUAAACUGAAGAAACCAAAGAUUCCUCAGCAGAAGGAAAGGCGCGGGUCGAAACUUCCUAAAUUCCUACUGAAGAGCAGAAUUCGUUUCGUUGAUUUCCCACCGCUCUCAGAACUCUUGAAGCAGCCGGAGAUAUCUAAACUUGCUCCAGUCGUUAAAGACAACGGAGUAUUGUCGCGCAAUGUCGCUGAUGCCGAGAAAGUUAUCAAGACGAAGAGAAGGAAAAUGAAGGACAUCGACAAGAGUAUCGAAGAUCUGGAGAAAUUGGACUUGGAGCUCGAUGAAAUUAAGAAAACGGAACUGGAGAAGGUCGACGAUGAAUACAAAAAACUAAAACCACAGAAGAAGGUCAAGGAAGAGGAAACACCGGAGUUGAAGCCACUGAAAAUAGGCAAGGGCAAGAUUCCCGAGGAAAAGAGCGAAAUUGAAGAUAUCAAGCUGAAGAAGAUUCCUGAGAAACCAAAGGAAACUGUUGAAACGGUAGAGAAGAAAAAGAAAGAGCCUAAGGAGGAAACCAAAGAAAAGCUUAAGGAUAUUCCUAAGGAAGUACCUAAAUUAGAGCCGUUCAAACCUUAUGAUGUCGAAAGGGAAUCUCCAGAAAGGGAAGUAUUCGAACCAGAGAUGCCCGAAAAGAUUGAACCCGAAAAACCAGAAGGCAAACCCGAGAAAUACAAACGUUCCAAGAAAACUAAACCUGAACCGGAGACUGUGGAAAUUCCUCUUGUGAAGGGUGUACCGAAACCCAAGGAACCGGAAGAAGAACCCGAAGUUAAAUUCCGUAUUAAACAGAAGGAGCUUCCAGAACCGCAACCUGAAGAAAUAAAAUUGAAACCUUUUAAGAAACCAUCUGAAAAAGAAGAAAAACCGGAAGUUGAGAAAGAGGAGGAAGUACUUGUGCCUCAGAAACAAAAGAUCGAAGAGGAAGAAAUUGUUACUGUGGUAAAGACCAAGAAGAAGAUCAAACAUAAGAAACCUAAGGACUCCAAAGAAGAAGAAGAACAGGAAGAGCAACCCGAAGAGGAGGUUAUCACCGAAGAAGUUUCUUACUUGAAAAAACCAGAGGUGGAAGAACCAGAAGCUCCGAACAAAUCCGAGGUUGUAGAUAAGACGGAAAAGAUUAUCGAAGAAGAAGUUGUUACCAUCGAGAAAAUAAAAAGAAGGAAACCGAAGAAACAUGCACCAGAGGAAGAAAAGCCUGAAAUCGUAGAGGAGGAAAUUAAGAAACCCCAAGUUCAGGAAGAGAUUAUCGAAGAAAUUAUUACGGAGAAAAUUAAAAAGAAGAAGGUUAAGAAACCGGAGAAGGAAGAUAAACCAGAAACGGUAGAACUGAAACCGAUCAAGAUAGUGCGCAAAGAACAGAAGCCGCAAAAGUUAAUAAUCACGAAACCGGAAGAUGCUCCGAUUAAUUUCGCUGAAAUUAAAUUAAAGAAACCAAAGGCACAAGAAAAGAAGGAAAUCAAACAAGCAAAGAUUCCCAAGUUCAUGCUGAAGAGCAGAAUCAAUUACAUCAAAUUCCCACCUCUAUCUGAAAUUCUACAGGAACCAAAUAUUUCUCAACUGGAACCGGUUGUAAAGGAUAACGGCAUUCUAUCUCGAAACGUCGCGGACGCUGAAAAGGUACUGAAAACAAAACGCAGAAAGUUGAAGGACAUCGAUCAUGUCAUGGAAGAACUGGAAAAGGUUGAUCUGGAAUUUGACGAAACAAAGAAAACCGAACUUGAAAAGGUUGACGAUGCGUACAAAAUGAAACCAGCACCUAAAAAGCCCAAAGAAGAAAAACCAGAAGAACUUAAGCCGCUGAAGAUCGGCAAGGGUAAGGUACCGCAAGUCGAGGAAGUUGUGGAAGAUAUUAAAUUAAAGAAGGUGCCUCAGAAACCUAAAGAAGAAGUCGAGGAGGUCAAGAAAACGGUUAUUAAAAAGAAAACCGAAGAGCCUAUUGUAGAAAUUAAAGAAGAACCAAAGGAACCUAAAGUUGAGCCUUUCGAACCCUUCGAUAUCGACAGGGAAUCUCCAGAUAGAGAAGUUCUUGAUUUACCAGAGAUGCCUGAGAAAGAAGUAGUCCAAGAGGAGAAACCUAAACCGAAACCAAAGAAGACUAAGAAACCAAAACCAGAACCUGAAGUCAUUGAAAUUCCUUUGGAAAAGGGCGUUCCUAAGCCUGUAGGAGAAAAGGAAGAACCUGAAGUUAAGUUUAGAAUUCCGCAAAAGGAUAAAGAACCAGAAGAACCCGAACAAAUCACAUUGAAACCAUUCAAGAAACCUAAAGAGGAACCAGAAAAACCAGAGGAACCUGAAGAGACUAUUGUCUUCAAACCAAAAGAGGAGAAGAUUAUCGAGGAAGUUGAAACCAUCAGGACUGUUAAGCGCAAGAAGAAACCAAGGCAAAAGAAAACUCAUGAAGAUGUUGAGGAUGAAGUUCAAGUAGAGGAGGAAGAAUUUGAGGAGGUCAAGGUGGAAGAGGUGAUUCCUGAAAAGCCGAAGAAAACUGAGGUUAUCGAACAACUUAAACCGAUCAAAAUUAUUCGCAAGGAAAUCAAACCACAGAAAUUGAUCAUAACCAAACCCGAAGAUGCACCCAUCAACUUCGCUGAAAUUAAGUUGAAGAAACCGAAAGCACAAGAGAAGAAGGAAAUCAAGAGCGCCCAAAUACCCAAAUUCUUGCUUAAGAGUCGCAUAAACUACGUCGACUUCCCACCAUUAUCCGAAUCAGAAAGGAAACCAGUGAUUUCAGAAAUGGAACCGAUAACCAAAGAAAAUGGAAUACUCUCCAGAAACAUGAAAGAGGCUGAAAAAUUGCCAAAGACCAAACGACGCAAGUUGAAGGAUAUCGAAAAAGAUGUAGAAGAUUUGGAGAAGUUCGAUUUGGAAAUGGAGGAGCUUAAGAAGAAGGAAUUGGAAAAGGUUGACGAUCUCUACAAACAAAAGAAGGAGCCCAAGAAACCAAAGGAAGAAGUUCCCGAAGAAGUGAAGCCGUUGAAGAUUGGCAAAGGAAAGGUUCCCGAAAAAGAGGAGAUUGUAGAAGAACCUAUCAAGCUUAAGAAAAUACCAGAGAAACCUGUAGAAGAGAAAGUUGAGGAAAUUAAGAAACCCAAGAAGGAGGAACCAGAGGAAAAACCGAAGAAGGAAAAGAAAGAACGGGAAUGGCCGGAAACUAAACCGUUCGAGCCGUACGAUAUUGAACGGGAAGAACCGGAAAUUGAAGAAUUAGAUAUUCCAAAAAUGGAAGAACCUAAAUCAAAACCGAUCGAAGAACCCAAAGUCAAACCUAAAAAGACUAAGAAACCUAAGCCCGAACCGGAAAUCAUCGAAAUUCCUUUGGAAAAGGGAGUACCAAAACCGCAAGAGGAACAGGAAGAACCCGAAGUUAAAUUCAGAAUUCCUAAGAGAGAUAAACCAGAAGAACCAGUCGAAGAAAUUAAACUUAAACCAUUCAAGAAACCAGAAGAACCCAAGGAGGAGGUUGUCGAGGAAAUAACUAUAACGAAGAAAUUGGAAAAACCUGUCGUUGAAAAGGUGGAAGAAACCGAGGAAACACAAAUUACGAUUAAAAAGAAGAAAACAAAAAAACCGGUCAAGGUAGAGGUUGAAGAAACUAUCAUGAAAGAAGAACCUGUCGAAGAACAACCGAUCAUCGAAGAAGCCGUUGAAGAGGAGGUACCCAAAGAGGAACCACAACCAGAACCCUCAGUGAUCAUCGAGGAAGUAAUUGAAGAAGAAAAACCGAAACCAGUCGAAAAAGUAAUCGAAGAAGUAACAGAAGAAGUUACCAUUACGAAAAAGAAACACAAGAAACCUGUUCCGGAAGAUGUCGUUGAAGAGAUUGUUCUGAAACCUAAGGAAACGGAAGAGAUUACAGAGGAGAUCAUUAUUAAGAAAAAGAAAUCUAAAAAACAGAAACCCGAAGAGGUGGUAGAAGAAAUCACCAUCAAGAAGGAAGAGAUUGUAGAAGAACCGACGGAGGAAAUAGUGAUCAUGAAACCCAUCAAACCGGAGCCGAAGGUUGAUGAACCAACUGAAGAAAUUACGAUAAAGAAGAUCGAAACAGUCGAAGAACCAUCUGAAGAAAUUGUAAUAAAGAAAAAGAAACCAAAGAAACCAGUUGUGGAGGAAGUUGCAGAGGAAAUUACAAUCAAAAAACCUGUCGUCGAAGAGACAGAAGAAAUCUCCGAAGAAAUAGUUAUAAAGAAAAAGAAACCAAAGAAGCCCGUCGAGGAAGAAGUUGCGGAAGAAAUUACUAUUAAGAAACCGGUUAUUGAAGAAACUGAAGAGAUUUCCGAGGAAAUUGUCAUCAAAAAGAAGAAACCAAAGAAGCCCGUCGUCGAGGAGGUUUCCGAAGAAAUUACAAUUAAGAAACCGGUGGAGGAAGUGGUGGAAACCGAAGAUAUUUCUGAGGAAGUUAUCAUCAAGAAGAAGAAACCAAAGAAGCCAGUGGAAGAAGAAGUUUCAGAGGAGAUAACAAUUCAGAAACCAGUGGAGAAGGAAGAAGUUUCUGAAGAAAUAGUCAUCAAAAAGAAGAAACCAAAGAAGCCUGUGGAAGAAGAGGUUGCCGAAGAAUUGACUAUUAAGAAACCGGUAGUGGAAGAAAAGGAAGAGAUUACGGAGGAAAUCGUGAUCAAGAAGAAGAAACCAAAGAAGCCUGUCGAAGAAGAAGUUGCCGAAGAGUUAACCAUCAAGAAACCUGUGGUGGAGCAGAAGGAAGAGGUUUCAGAAGAAAUUGUCAUCAAGAAGAAAAAACCGAAGAAACCCGUUGAAGAAGAAGUUGCCGAAGAGUUGACUAUUAAGAAACCUGUAGUAGAAGAGAAGGAAGAAGUAUCCGAAGAGAUUGUCAUCAAGAAAAAGAAACCAGAAAAGCCGGUUGUAGAAGAGGUUUCCGAAGAGAUAACCAUCAAAAAGCCAGAGGUCGAGAAACCCGAGGAAGUAUCCGAAGAAAUUGUAAUCAAAAAGAAGAAACCAAAGAAACCCACCAAGGAAGAAGUUUCCGAGGAAAUUACAAUUAAGAAACUGGAGGUGCAAGAACCAGAAGAAAUUUCGGAGGAAGUUGUUAUCAAGAAAAAGAAGCCAAAGAAACCAAUUGAAGAGGAAGUCUCUGAAGAAAUUACAAUUAAGAAACCAGUUGUGGAACAGAAGGAAGAGAUUACCGAGGAAAUUGUAAUUAAGAAAAAGAAACCUAAGAAGCCUGUGACCGAAGAAUACGCAGAAGAAAUUACGAUUAAAAAAUUGCAGCCUCAAGAACCUGUAGAGGAAGAGGAAGAAGUAAUUGACUUUACCAUUAAAAAAUCCAAACCAAAGAAACCGGUAGUGGAAACGGAAGAUGUUGCAGAGGAAUUUACGAUCAAAAAGAAACCUAAGCAAGCGCCGGAACCGGAGGAAGCCAGUGAAGAAGUCAAGAUCAAGCGAAAGAAGCCAAGAAAACCGGUGGUGGAAGAAGCUGCCGACGAAGUUACCAUCAAGAAGGUCGUCCAAAUUGAAGACGAAAUUCAAGAAUUCACAAUCACCAAAAAGCCACCGCCAUUCAAACCAGCUUUGGAAGAGCAUUCGCAAGAGGUGACCAUCAGAAAGUUGAGGCCAGUCAAGAAGCGCGUUGAAAUUCCAGAGUACACUGACAUCGAAAAUGUCACGUUCAGACCAAAGAGAACGAAGACCAAGGAGGACGUGGAGCAAGAGUUCAAGAUUCAAUUGGACUCUUACGCUGAAGAAGAAAUAUCCAUGUCCGGAAAGGUUAAAUUGAAACAUAAACCUAAACCGCUUACUUAUUCAGAAGAAGCUGGCCAAGAAACAAUUAAGAUCAGGAAAGAAGUUGAGGACGAUGGUCCACUGAUCGAAGAGAUUAUCGACGAUGGAAGCGAUGCAGAAGAGUUGCCAUACGACGAAGAAGAUUUCGAGGAAAGUUUCCACGUUCCAUUGCGCAGAAGGAUAAAGCCAAGGUAUUCCAUUCAAGAGGAAGAUGAAAUUUCCAUUGACCUGAGCUUAGGUAAGAGCAAACCAAAGGGCGUUGACUACGGAGAAGGAUCCUUGACAUUGAGGUCAAAGAGGAAACAGUCUCAGCCAUCGUUUGACGAAGAAGAGGCUUCUUUGAGUAUCACAAGGAAGACAGAGGUUUACAGGGAAGAGGAAGACAUCAUUGAAGUCAACGAGGGUGAUAUACUGUACUCUCUCAGCAGUUACAUCGCCGAGGCUGAUCAAGCAAUUGAUUUAGUCGAAGGCGAGAAGGUUUACGUUUUGGACACCGAUAACACCGACUGGUGGUACGUGAAGAAACACCUGACCGCUGAGAAGGGUUGGGUACCAGCACAAAAUCUUAUGGACGAAGCUUCGUACAAUCUGUACGUGCAGAAGAAACUGCACGAAAGAAUUGACAGACUUCCAGUGUUUGAAAGACCUAAGCCCAAGGAGAAAUCCUCGGCGCCAAGAUUCAUUCAGAAACUGGAACCACAACACACACCAGAUGGUUACACAGUCCAAUUCGAAUGCCAAGUUGAAGGCACCCCAAGACCGCAAAUCACUUGGUUCCGUCAGACAGCCAUCAUCAAACCAUCGCAAGACUUCCAAAUGUUCUACGAUGACGAUAACGUGGCCACUCUUAUUAUCAGCGAGGUAUUUCCAGAAGACGCUGGCACUUUCACGUGCGUAGCCAAGAACGCCGCUGGAUUUGCAUCCAGCACGACCGAAUUAAUUGUCGAAGCUCCACUCUCCGAUCAUGGUUCAGAUAUGACCUGCUUAUCCAGAAGAAGCCUUUCGAGGGAAUCGUCUUUGGCAGAUAUCCUCGAAGGUAUUCCACCCACUUUUGCCAGGAAACCCAAACCACAAUGCGUUGACGAGAACACCGACGUCACCAUCGAAUGCAGACUGGUAGCUGUGCCAGAGCCGGACAUUACCUGGCUCUUCAACGGAAAACCAAUAAACAGGAAGAACGUUACCAUCGUUAACGAUUCUGACAUGCACAUGUACAGCAGCAUUCUGAAGAUCAAGAAGGUGGAGAAGGUACAGGAAGGAAAGUACACGAUCAUAGCUAGAAACAGGGAAGGAGAGUCUUCGGUUCAAGUAACUAUUAAGGUGAAGACCGGAGAGAAAGAAGCACCGCAGAUCAUCGAGAAGCUUAAGAGCGUCAAUGUGAGAGAAGGAGAUGCCGUGGUGUUGAGUACAAGCAUCGUCGGUACUCCAACGCCUAAGAUCACCUGGUACAAGAACGGCAAACCACUGACUGAACACAAACCAAAGAAGACUGAUGAUGAGUACAUUCUAACAAUAAUUCCAACCACCAAAGACGAUCAAGCAGAGUACACUGUUAAGGCUGUUAAUCCUUUGGGAACAGCCGAAACUACCUGUACACUCACUGUCGAAGAAUGUGUUUUACCAAAACCGGAGCCACCCAUUUUUGUUGAACGAUUCCAAGAACUCGUCGUUCCAGAAAAGGGAACCAUUCGUCUGGUUGCCAAGGUUAUCGGUAAUCCAGUACCUGAAGUUAUUUGGCUGAAGAACAAUGCACCUCUCAAGAAAUCUCCACGCAUCAAGAUGUCGUACGACGGAGAAAACAUCGAAUUGGUCAUCAAGGAUGCCGACUCCGAGAAAGACACAGGAGACUACAAGUGCGUGGCCACCAAUCCAAUCGGUAAGACUUCGCACGGCGCUAAGGUCACCGUCGAUGUGGACGCCAAAUUCACGAGGAAGCUGAAGGAAUAUUACGAGAGCACCGAAUACGACACUCUUACACUCGAGUGCGAGACUUCGCACACGAUAUCCACGAACUGGUAUCACAACGAGGUGGAAAUCAGCGGAAUGGAUCACAGGGUCAUCAUUGAAGAAGGUAAAAUCCAUAAGUUGGUCAUCAAGAACAUCACGCACAAGGACAUCGGCAGCUAUAAAUGCACGGUGAAGAACCAAAAGACUGAAACCACUGUUAAGGUGGUCGAAGCUAAGGCUGAAUUUAUCAGGAGACUGCAAGAUCUGGAAGUCACAGAGAAAGAAAUAGCCAUCCUCGAAGUCGAAAUUUCUUCGGAUGCUGCUAACGUGAUUUGGAAGAAGGAAGGCGAAACAAUUGAUACAACAACUGAAAGAUAUACCAUCGAGAAACAUGGUGGUGUCAGGAAAUUACUGAUCAGAACCACUUCGAUCCACGACGAAGGCGAAUACAGUUGCGCAUUGGUCGAUGAGGAAUGCAGCGCCGAAAUCACAGUCAUCGAAUUACCACCGGAGAUCAUUUCCAGACUGGAAGAUCAGACCGUCAAUAAGGGCGACAAGGCCGUAUUCGAAAUAGAAUUGACUAAAGGCGACGCUUUGGUCUCGUGGUUUAAGAAUGACAGCGAGAUUCAGUUCUCAGAGCACAUCCAACUUUCCAUCGACGGAAAACGACAGAAAUUGAAGAUUUACAAUUCCGAAAUCACAGAUCAGGCCACCUACUCUUGUCACGUCGGCAAGCAGACAUCGAGCGCCACACUGACUGUAUACGAACCAUCACUUUCGUUCAUCAGGAAGCUUCCUGAAAUCUCGAAGGUUCCGCUCGGAGAAGAUCUGGAAUUGAUCGUCGAACUCUCGAGGUCAGACGUUGAAUUCCACUGGCACUUCAAGGGCGUCAAGAUCACUGAGAGCAGCAAGUACACCUUCCGCUCGGAAAGGACAGUGCACAGGUUGAUUAUCAAACAGUGCACGCGCGAAGAAGAGUACGAUUUCAGCUUCGUUGCCGAAGACAUAAGCACAUCCACUAGAGUGGUAAUUGAAGAAAGACCGUCUCCGCCAAGGGGACCUUUGGACAUCUCCGGAAUGAGCGCCACCUCCUUCACGCUUUCUUGGCAACCAUCAUUAACGGACGGCGGCUCAGAAAUCAUCGAAUACAUCGUCGAAAUUCGCGAAUCAAAGAAGACCGAAUUCAAGAAGAUUGGCGGUACCAAGGGCAAAGUGACAGACAUCUCCGUCAAUUACCUAGAGAAGGACCACGGCUACAAUUUCAGAAUCACUGCCAGGAAUUCGGUAGGUCUCAGCGAACCAUAUCUUCCACAAGACACGAUCAUCGCCGGCUCGAGAAUAACUCCACCAUCACCACCUGAAAAUCUGCAAGUUAAGGAUACCACCAGCAGAAGCGCUACAAUCACAUGGGAACCCCCACUAAACAACGGCGGCUCAGAAAUCAUUGGUUACGUCGUCGAAAAGAAGCUAGAAUUCAUGCCGCGUUGGGAGAAGGUCAUCAGUUUGGAGUCCUUCACCUUGGAAUACACCUUGGAGAAUUUGAAGGAGAAGAGCGAUUACGUAUUUAGGGUCUUCGCGGAGAAUUCCGUCGGUUUGAGCGUUGCUGCUAAUACAGAAGUUGUUCAAUUAAGAUCACAUGCCACCGUACCAACACCACCCACCGCCCCAUUGGAGAUGAGGACGAUAGGACCGAACGCUUUGGUCAUCGAAUGGGGAGUGCCGGAGAGCGACGGCGGUGCUCCUUUGGAGGGCUACAACAUCGCGAUCAGGGAUAUCAAGAAGACGAUGUGGAUGGAAAUCGGCAGGGUUUCCAAGGGCGUCUUAAAAUUCACAAUCAGAGAUUUGCAGGAGGAUCACGAUUACCUCAUCAGGAUCUUCGCGAGGAACGAGAUCGGUUUGAGCGAUCCUCUGGAAUCGGACGAACCCUUCAAGGUUCUUCCGGGAACUGAAGGAGAUCAAGAAGACUUCAGGGAAGGCACGGACAGGGAACCGACCUCUUACAGUAUUUCGGAACCAACGACUUCGUGGAUGAGGGAUCACAACAUGGACGCGGACAUUCGCUCCUACGCACGAGGAACAUUGUUGAGAAGAGACGAAUACUUCUUCAAGAUUUGGUGUUACGCCAAACAACUAUUCAAAUAGACCUAAACAUAUUUCAUACAUAUAUAUAUAUAUAAUUUUGUUUUCGACGUUUUAUUUUUCAUUUUUAAGAUGUAUAUACUUUUUGAGAACUAUUAGUUUGAGUAGUCAUAUUUUUUAUAACGACUGAGGCCGAAGAAAACAAACAUUCUUCUGGUCUACACCAGAAACGCGUUUUCGCUCGUCGCGGAGGAAUCUUCAAUAUAAUCCGUGUUUAAAUCCUAAAAUUGCGAAUUGCGAGACGAACAAUGAUAUAUAUUAAAGAUUCCGUCCAGUGCAGAUCGAAACGCGCUUCGGCCCUUACGAGAUUUUUACCAUAACUUAUGUCUUUUAUUUAUCGAUUUAGUAACUGUGAUACCGAUUGAUACGAAUCCUAGAUUGAACAAUGAAGAAAAAAAAAACAC